GGUAAUACAAAAUGUUGUUCAACUGCACUUUAACCAAUCCAAGUUAUAUUGAUUUUACAAUUAAAGGAGUCCAUCAAAAGCUACCUUUCACACCGUUUGAUAUAGCCAUUAUUUUUGCUCUGCAAUAUGGUAAGCUAGGGUUCCCGGAGGAUUUAACACUGGAAGGAUGCAACAAAAGGAGCGAGAGAGAAAAAAAAAAGAUAUAAUCCUUCCUGUUCCCUCCUCUUAGUCACAGCAAAACAUAACGUUCUACUAUUUUUGGAUUGUAAAAAGGGCCUCCCUUUGAAAGCAGAAGGCUGUGCAUUCUAAAUGACAUCACUUUGCAUUCUAAGGCUGAGUGCUCGAUGUUAACAUGUCAGUGCAUAGAUUAUUUCUUUUCUUCUUCACUGCAAGGCAGAGGGACAUUUCCAAUCACACAGCAGCACAGCACUUCACUAUCCCCGUCACAGCACAUUGAUCCCCAGACAAGCUGCAGGUUCCUAAGGAGAUCACAGAGGUGCUAUAAAAGAAGAACGAGGCAGACACAGAAACAAAAACCCUUAACAAAAAAACAAAAAAUAUAUAAUAAAUUUCUUUUUAAAAACACCUUCUACCGGGCUGACAAAUAGAGAAAGACACUGCAGAAAAAAAAAAAUAAUAUAUCCCAGUUAAUGGUCUGGGAUAUCCUUUUCACUGGCUGGAAUCAGAGAGGAUGGAGAAUGGCAGUGGAUGCCCUAGAAGAAUUGCCUUUUUCUUGUGUGUCUUAUUUCUACAUUUCCUGAAUAAUGGGAUCGAAGGAAGGAAACCGGUUAAAUCGAAAUGCCCUAACUGGUGUACCUGUACCAAGGAUAAUGCUUUAUGUGAAAAUGCCAAAUCCAUCCCUCGACCCUUCCAUCCUGAUGUUAUCACACUGUAAGGGCUGUAAGCAUUCGCUUAUUUUACUGUAUGAUGUGGUGUAUUGUUUGUUUGUUUGUUCUUUUUUUUAUAACCUGUUCAUCAAUUCCAUGCUUGUAUUGUGCAGGUUUUAUCCCAUUGCAUGCCAGUGUGGGGGAUGGGGGAGUAAGUAACUCAUUUACACAACAUUGUGGUACCCAAAUAUUUAAAUUUAUUUUGCCUUCAACAAGCUGCAUUACAACACAAUUUAUAGAACCUUAACUACAUCAAUUCCAGGACUUCUAUAAAGCUGGUUUAACCCCCUGGGUGCUAGCAGGGGUGAUUAACUAAUUUACUCAUCUCUUUGGCACUUAGACAUUUAAAUGUGUUGCCUUUUAAAAUCUACAUUAAAGUACUAUUAAAACGAUCCUAUUUCCUAUUGAAUUAGGAGCGUUUAUCCCUUAUUGUGCCUUAGGGUGACUCAUUUGCUCAUCCCAGUGGCACCAAACAUUUAAAUGUAUGCUGCCGUCUACAACCAACAUUAAUUUUUUUUUUUUUUUUUACUUUUCCAUUUGUCAUAUCCAUAUUAACAUUUUGUUUGGACAUCUGAACACCUCAUUAACCUUUUUAUACCAAAGGGGUGAGCAAUGGGUUGUUCAUGCCUCUGGCACAAAAAUGGUUACACAACGCUUAUUUUUUUUCUUCAUAUAUAGAUACUUGCACCAGAUGGUGCUAGGGUUAAAAUGUAAUUUAAAAAAAAAAAAUUUUUUGUGUGUGGGUGGGAUUAUUUUUUUUUAAACAUUUUUUUUUUUAAUGUUAUUGCCAAGUAAGAUUUUUUUAUAUUAUUUUUUAUUUUUACAGAUCACUUGUGAGAUCUGAAUUUACCGAGAUCCCAGAGGGGAGUUUUUUACAUAUACCAUCUCUGCAGAUCAUGUAAGAAUCCCUUCUUUCAUAAUCUAAUGAUGCCUCUGUGCGCUGUGCACUUAUGGGUGAUUGAAAGGUAAAGCCGUAAAAUCUUCAUUUAAUCUAUUCGAACGCGGUUGCGUUUUUAGCAUUUGAACUGCGGAAUGUUCAGGACUCCAUCUUGAUUAGAAAGAAUAUAAUGUGCCCAUGUCAAUGAUAUGAGUGUGGUAGAGGGUAUAUACACUGCAUCUUGGUAUUGAGGUUAAGGAAGCAGAGUUCUCGUAUUCAUUACAUUAGCUACUGAUACUUAAACACAUCUAUGGAUUGCUAUAAUAAAGCAUUUUAACCAGUGCUGCAAUCUAUACCCAACUCCUUUGUUUUAAUGUAAAAGCAGCACGCUACAAACUGGGAUUUAUGGACAAGUAAAAUGAUUGAAUUGCCUCUAUAUCUCUGGGCUCUUAAACAGGAUGCAUCUAAGGGGCACCACUUAUUUUAGUCAUACAUGCAGCAUACAUGUUCCUUAAGGGGACCAUUGGCAAGAUAGAGGGUUGGUUGCCCUGAGCAAGCGUGCAAAGAAAUCCAGUGCACCUGGUAAAAGGUCUAGACCAGGGUAGGCAACUAUGGGCACUCCAGAUGUUGUGGACUACAUCUUUCAUAAUGCCGUAACAGCCAUGUUGCUAUCAAAGCAUCAGAGGAGAUGUUGUCCACAACAUCUGGAGUGUAAAAGGUUGCCUAUCCCCUGGUGUAGAAGAUUCUAACAGAUCUGUGGCAUUCGAAGCAUUCCAACAACCUGCACUACUGUCCUGCAGAAAAUACAGUGGUAAAUAAAUUAGUGUUGGUUUUCCAGGACCUGUAAACAUUUUUCCCUGUAGUUAAGCUGACUCAGUAAAACGAUAGCUUCUAGCAAGUCGGAAACCGGAUCACUAUCAACAAAUGCUAAAUAUUAUGACAGAGCAGUAUAGUUGAUUAAUAACUCUGGGUAUAGUACCGCGGAUCAUAAAAAAAAAAUAUAUUGGCAAGCUUGAAAAAGCUCUUCCUUUUGAAUCCAUUAUGUGUCCAGAUUAGGGCUGGCAGAUACAUCAUGUACUGCUGGAAGCAUAACACCUCUAUGCAAUGAUGUACAGAGCACGAAAAGCGCUGCCUUGCAGUUUGUAGCAUCCAUGUUGCAGGGAAGAAAUCAGUUCAUUAGUGAUGGGGUUGUGCAAAGGAAAAUGCUACCAGAAUGCAGAUAUAAUUUGUGGUUGAGAAAAUAUGGUGGAAUUGGAAUUCCUAUGACUUCAAACCCUGGUGCUAGGCAUGGUGUUGAGGUGGUGAUUUACUAUUAUAAACUUUUUCUUUCAAAAUAAGAAAUAUUUGGUAAUUCUGUAUUAAGGAGGUGAGGUUUGUCUGUUCAAAGUUUUGAUUCCUAUCAUAUUCAGCUGAUUGUGUCCGUGAUAGGGAUCCUUAGUUUAACCCCUUAAGGACACAUGACAUGUGUGACAUGUCAUGAUUCCCUUUUAUUCCAGAGGUUUGGUCCUUAAGGGGUUAAAAGAAUACGAACAUAUAUUGCUAACACUAGAGGAGACCCUGCCUCCUUGGCUGCAAACAUCAAUGUUGAUGAUCUCAGACAAUCCAAUGCUUUCUUAUAGGAAAAGUAUUAGGAGGCCUCUGCACAUGUGGUGCACAAAUCUAAUGGUCUCUAUGAGACAAUCUCAUUGACAUAGUCCAGGUUCCAGUAUCACAGCCACUAGAGGUAUUUAAACCCUGCACUGCAAACAUUGCUGGUAAUGAUUUCAGUUGCAGUUUUAAAACUACAGGGGCACCGCAUGGCACCUAAGUCACUUAAUUGAGACCACUAUAGUUGUCUGUGUGCCUAUAGUGUCCCUUUAAGCCAAUAUAUUGGAGGGGCCGUAAAAUUGCACAUCUCUUUAUCUAUUUACUGCCCAGCCUUGCCCUUGAUUACAGAGCAGCUUGUACAAGCAGGGUUAUAACCUAGAAUACGUGGGGCAGAGACACACAUAGGGUUAAGGAAACAUAAACAUAUUCCUAACACAAUAGUGCUAGAGUACAUGUUUAGGUGUUCUGCUCCCCCUCAGAGUUGAGUUACAAGGUAGUUUACUUACCUCUUCUCCGAUGCUGCGUCGGUCUCGCCACCGAUGAACACACCUCCCUGGCUAAGAUCAGCAGUCUUGAGGAUCUCAACCAAAUCAAUUUUUCCUAUAGGAAGGCAUUGGGAGGCAAUUGCGCAUGCGCAGCAAAACGCCACACUGUGCCAAGCUGAAUCUCCUCAUAGAGAUGCCUUGAAUUAAUACAUCUCUAUGGGGAGCAUUCAAAGUGUGGAGAUGCUGAAUGCACAAAGUGCAGCACUAGAACUAGUGGCCGUUUGAGCGACUGCUUCUAGAAGUGCCACUAGGCAGCAAUGUAAACACUGCGUUUUCACUGAUAUGACAGCAUUUACAUUGAAAAGCCUAUAGGGACAUGCUAUAGACACCAGAAACACUACACAAAGCUGUAUUUUUUUUCCAUUUAAGAGCACUAUAAUGGAGAUUGCUGAACAUGCAGUCUGUAUCACACUAAAAAAUGUUUGAGUUAUAAAUUGUGGUAAAUUAAGAGUAAAUUGGAUGACUCAGAUUCUGCAAGUGAGUUGUGUGUGGUGGGGUGGGGUAGACUAAUGUAUGGAUAAAAAUGACAUGAUAAUAUGCUAAGCUGUUCUAGAGAAAUGGGCUCCUAAAAGAAUGGAGGCUACAGGACAAUUUGGUAGGCAAAAAAUACACACACAUACGUUUUCUUUCUUUUACAAAUGCUUGCACACACAUUCCCACUUACAUAUAUACACAAAUAGUAUCACACUUGCGCACACACACACACAUAUAUAUUUACAUACACACACUUACACUCUUUCUCAUACAUACAAAGUCAAUUAAAUGAUAAAUUGAGCCAUCCAUACAUUAUGUCCUUAGUACAAAUCACAACACCCCUAUCUUAUUUACAUCCCCCCCCAAAGUAUAACAAUUCCCAUCCUGCUAUUAAGUUACAAUGACAGGUUGCCUUUAUUCACCUAACUUUUCACCUUUGCGGUGGUCCAGUGGCAGGUGCAGUAGGUGAGUGUGCCCACCCCAAUCUCUCAGUGCGCCUGUGUGACUGACUAAUGACGGGAUGAUGAGUUAUCACGAUAUCGCUCCAUCCUUUAUCAUCACAACCACAGAGUUAGGAUUGUGUAGAGUUAGAAAGAUACUGAAUUGAAGAAUGUUUGUAUAUUGUAAUUAACAUCAUGCUCAGACAAAUCUCGUCUACUCCUGUAUGCUCCAUCACCCACAAAAAUUGGAAAUACGCACAACUCCAAUUACGCUGAGGCAAUGCUUUUGUGGUCAAGAGAUGACCGUCCUGUUCUAUGAUGUGGAAAAUUACUUCUUUAGAUGUAGGAAUAAUUGGUUUUUAUGUAUCCCCUUCAAUUUCAAUAUUUUUUCCUCAUAACAUGUCAAAUAAAAAUGAAUGCAACUAUAUUUAUGCUAUUAUCUUUUUAUCUGUGUAAUGUUAAACAGACAUACAAGAGAACAUAAUGGACGUUGUAAUGAUUUUAAGCCAAGCAAAAUUCAAGCUCAUAUUGAAAGUUACAAAAUAGUUUCCAGAUCAAUUUCAAUGUCCAGUUUCUGGAGUUUAUAAUGCUUAACUUUUUAUAUUCCAAUUAAAAAAAAUUGAGCAAAUUGCAUUUUAAUAAUUACUGCAAUGCAAUUCCCGAGCCAACUCUUAUCCACUGUGACUCUCACGGUGAUAUUCAAUAACAUAACAAUUCAAAGUUUAACAUUUAAGGCCAAAUUCUAGAUGAACUAGAGUCGUAGCUAAAUUAGAGAAUUUUUCUGGUUUGGCAGGUUUUACCGUAAAUUUUAAAUUCUCUUUGAAUUCUCACUUAAGUGUAUAACCCUGUCUGUGUAUCACCAUUUUACAAUUACAGAUAAAAUUGAUAUUUCUAUUGCAGAAGUAAUGCAGUGAGUGAGUGGACCACCAUUUUUAUCAAACUGCUUCAAAAUACUUUCACACUGGACACAGGUGGACUGUGCCCCCAGCCUAAUAAUUUCAAAAAAACUACAACAGACUUAAGUGGUUAUGGUGCUUAGAUUGAAUCUAUAAGCAGACUGAUGCUCGCAAUGUUUGUCACAUCCAAAGAGUAAUCAUAACAAGUCUGGAGGGCUUCCAUUGCUCCUACAACCAAACCCCAAGACAAGACAGAAGUCUUCUUGUCCUCGAGAAGCUUCAUGUUCAUACUUUUUGUGUAUUAACCAAACAGGCUGUAAAAUAUACAGCUGUACAUACAAGACAUUUACGCGUUGCAUAUGAACAGCAAUAAUGUGUAGAAUGCAUGCACAUCUGGUUAGCAACUUGUAUUUUAGCCAGUGUUCCCUCCAAGGAGCAACACUACAUUAAACAAAGGGGAUAAGGACAGUACAUGAUGCUAUUGUAGUUACAUACAAUGAAUUCUACAUGAGAAGACCUUCGGAACUAUUUCCUUCAUUGUAUUGCUCACCAUAGGGGAGUGGGAACAUUAAUGUCAGAUCAACGCACAUGGCUCGCCAAGGCGCGCAAGCAUUUAACUUAGGUCAUUCUAAACGUUGUUUAAUUUUGAGGUCUUGGUGCAGUUGACUGUACUCUGCUUUGUUUUAUCAUCUUAUUUAUUUAUUUUAUGAGUGAUCCAACACUCAAUUUGUACAAAGAAAUAUAUAAAUAACAAAAAAAAAGGAUUUUGGCAUCAUUUCAAACCCAUAAUAAUACUUUUUGAAUGAUGUAAAAUAAUAUAACCCGCAAACAUGUGUGAAGACUGUGCUUUGGAAAUUGAGAACAGAAGACGAUCACGUGAUUGACCAUGUGCGGGUCCCAGGAAAGUUCUCUGGUUCUCCAUCACAGGUGCUAAUAAAGAGACAUGGUUGGAAUUACAGAAACCUGAGGUUUAUUAAACAUUUCAGAAAUCACUGAAAUACUGUAUUAGCAUUAACUCCUUCAAGACAGAUGACAUUCCAGCGAAUUAUAUAAAACAUUUACCAAGCCCUGCAUCUUGGAGGGGUUAAUAUGGUGCAUGAGUCUUUCUGUUGCCAGUAAAACGUUAAGCUUUUUUUUUUUUAAUGGGGAGGGGGUGGGGGGUUAGGGGUUUGAGGGAGAGGUAUGGCAAAUGGUUCCUUAGUUUUGCACAGGAUUUGGGAAAAUUAUUACAAACUCAGCUGGAAUUGGUAUCCUAAGCUCUAUAAACACUGCAGUCUAUUGUGCUUUUGUGCUCCGAUUCUACAAAGGCAUUCUGUUUUAUUUUUGUAAAACAGUUUUCAAGCAGUUUGACAAACGAACAGGGGUUUCCCUGAUACACAAUGCCCAUCCCCUCUGCUGUCAAUGUUAUAAUGUGUAGCGAAUGAGUGUGAAUGGAUUUUACUCAUGAAAACUGACAAUGAAUGCGCACUACCUUGAAAGUGCCAUAGAUCAGUGUUUCCCAACCCAGUCCUCAAGGCACACCUACCAGUCCAGGAUUUAGGGAUUACCCAGUUGUGUCUAAGGUGUUUUUACAAAGAAGAAAAAAAACACCUUAGACACAACUGGGUAAUCCCUAAAUCCUGGACUGGUAGGUGUGCCUUGAGGACUGGGUUGGGAAACACUGCCAUAGAUGACCAUUAACAGAUCAAAUAUAUAUUUAUAGUUUUCCCAACCAGUAUACUAUUUGGGCUAACAUGAGAUAUGACAGCAGGGGCCACUUGAUUCCCACAGUCCACAGAUAGCAUGCCUGGUAUUAAAAAAAGGAAUUGUGAUGUUUCCACGUUUGAUUGAAAUCAUAUAGUAAAUGGGUGACCAGGAAGUAGAUCUGCAGGAAUUGAUCAUAUGAUCCUUUCAUACACACGCAUGCCCAGAUACGUAUACACAUAUACUUACAUUCAUAGAUUUACAGACACAAACAUUCAUACACUCACACGCACACAAUCAUAUACACAUACAUUCAUUCACUCACACUUUCACACACAUACAUUCAUACACUUACACACACAUGCACAUGCACACAAUCAUAUACAGGCAUAUGUUCAUAUACACACACACACAAAAUCAUAUACACACAUACGUUCAUACACUCACACACACAAACAUACAUAAAUACCGUAUUAUCUUCCCACACACAUGCACACACCCACAAUCAUAUACACACACAUACAAUCAUAUACACACACAUACAUUCAUACACUCGCACAGAUUUAACUUUUAUUUAGAUCUUUAUCCCUGAGGUCCAGUGGUUUGCUGUUGGAUGCAGCCUGUGCAGCUCCCUGCAGCUCUGUACUGAUGCAGGGGCUGGGCCACUGGGGUGAUGUUACAUCUUAGCUCCCAGCAUUAGUACAGCACAGUGAGGGAGCUGUGCAGCCACACAGCACAAACUAAUUCCCUGCCACUGGUAAGGUCCAUUCAAUUACGUCAGCAGAGCCAGUAGGUUUGUUGCCUGCCCUGGUGAGAGGGGGCACUCUGUGCAUCCCCCUGUUUCCUGUCAUCCAGGGAGGACCUCUUCCCCUCCAACCCCCCCACAGUUAGAACACCACUAUCUGAAACAGCUGAGAAUCUACCUUUUGGCCACCAUGCUAUAGCAUAUAGUGUACCUUUAUUAAACAAUGUUGACGUAUACACAUAAAGAGAAGUAUGUAUAAAAUGAUCCUGUCAAUGCUAGGUAAAAUAGGCAAUGGUCACGGCCACCCAUUGACAUAUUGUUCUAAUGUUCCUGUCCUUUAAAAAGAAACCAUGGAGAAAGAACUGGACUAAAUGUUUCAGUUGUGCAUUUACUAAUCUGAUCCAAUUUAUGUAACGUACAGUGCAGUAAACUAAGCAGCAAUUCCCUUCAUGCCUUAGAAAUUAAAAAUCGGAUCAGUUUGUGCCAGAAUGUUGUUUUCCUCUGAUACUGAUCAUGUUCUAAAACCAGACAUCCACUUGGUUUCAUUCCUAGCAAUGACCUACUGGUAUAGUGUGGUUGGUGUAUAGCUUACCUUCCUGACCAAAAGAUGAUGGCAUUAAAAACCUGUCUGUGUCUAACAGAGAUAAAUAACCUUAGAGACUCAGAUGUUUCUGAAAUGCAUUUCGUAAUUCUCAGGAAGUGAGGUUGUAGUUCUUGAUCCUCUGCAUAUCCUGGUUUAACUACUUAUGAUUCAUAAACUUUGUUGGAACAAACUACAGUGGAAGCAAUAAGUUCACCCUUCAAAUUAGCGUGAUUCUUUCUUCAUUGCCACAUGUUUAAUAUUUUUAAUUUCCACAACAUUACACUAAUAACAACAGUAAGUCACAGUCCACAAAUUAUUUUGAAGGUGAAUUAUUUUUGCAUGCUUACAAUAGAUUUGUAUUAAUAUUGCUAUGCAGUUUCCAAACAGCAGGACAUGCUGUAUGUUCAAUCUUAUCUGGUCCAAAGCGCACAAAUCAGAGAUAGUGCACAUCGGGUUGCAUAAACAGUUUUAACUCCUAAAAGGCAGACAAUUAAAGGGUUACUCCAACCACCAUGACCACUUUUCCUUUUGAUGUCAUAAUGAGGAUUUUAUGUCAUCAUCUGCACAAAUAUUUGUGCUGUGUGAUCACACAUUGCUUGCUCCUAUCAUGCAUUGAUAGUCCGUGAGCGGGAGACUAUAACUGGAUUUAGCCCCACAAAUGGCUUCAUCCAUUCCCACACAAACGGCUGAUGACCGAUAUUUGUAUAGAUAAUGAGGAAGUGAAAUGAUUACUUUUAAAAUAGUCAGAGGGAUUGGGCUUAGAGGGUCCAGGAAUCCACAGGUUUUUGUCAAAGCACUUUAAAAUAUAUUGUGUUUAUAGUGUCCAUUUAGGCAAGGCAAUUUAUUUUACUGUAAAGGAAAACUAUAGGGUCAGGAACACAAACAUAUAUUUCUAACCCUAUAGUACAAACACCGUCUAUUCCCCAUGUUUCCCGUUUCCCCCCUAAAUAUAGUAAAAUCUUACCUUUAUUUUGGUCUGCUGGUGCUGGCUCUGCCCCUGAACUGCCUGGUUGGAUGACAUCAUCAGAAGUGAUGAUCUGAGCCAAUCACAAUGCUUUCCCAUAGGAAAGCAUUGGAUUGGCUGAGCUUGUCAAGGAGACAGAUCAGGGGGCAGAGGUAGCACAAACCAAGCACAGCCUUGGCCAAUCAGCAUCUCCUCAUAGAGAUGCAUUGAAUCAAUGCAUCUCUAUGAGGAAAGUUCAGUGUCUGCAUGCAGAGGGUGGAGACACUGAAUGUCAGUCAAACUGUGCAGCACUGCCCCAGGAAGCACAUCUAGUAGCUAUUUGAGGAGUGGCCAGUUGAGUUAUCACUAGGCUGUAAUGUAAACACUGUUGUUUCUCCGAAAAGACACUGUUUACUGCAAAAAGCCUGAAGCGACUGAUUCUACUCACCAGAACAAAUACAAUAAGCUGCAGUUGUUCUGAUGACUAUAGUGUCCCUUUAAGUUUUAAUGUGCAUAAAAGAUACCUGUAGUGUAACUUUAAUCCUCUGUAGCUAGAAACACAAUUAAAGUGCCUAAUUUUCCUCCCUGCUUUAUAUCAGUACCCAGUAUAUCGACAAAAUAAACAGAACUUUAUUUCACUGCGCAGUUUUCAGUCUCUUAACAUAUUACAUAUAAGGAUAAUUUCUGGGGGAGAGAUCUAAAAAUAGAAGUAUCAAAAGAUACAUUCCAUCGGUUUCCAAUAGCCCAAGUUGCUCUUUAAAUAUAACCUCCUUAGUGUUAUAGGCAUUUUCUAAAACACACCCUAUAGAAAAUUCAUAAAUAAUUAUGUUAUGGAGCAAUUUCAAAUGGUUACUACCUAACAACAGCACAACAAAUAAAAUAAAAAGGUUUGAUCUUUCUGUUUAAUGACUAUGAUUGAGCAGUUGUGAAGAAAUUAUUUUGCUAUUCCGAAAUGCUAUGGAAGUCAUGUAAGCAGUACGUUUUGUAAUGGUAGCUUUUUAAAAAACUAAAACUAUUUUGCUGACAUGCGUUUCUUGCUGUGAGAAAUGUUCCAUGCUAUCUUUUUCCCAUUUCGUUUCUGAGCUGUUUGUAGGUCUAUCCUUGCAGUCUGACAAAUGUAAACUUUGACAUUUGUGAGAAAUUUCACUGAGAAUGCAAGACAAUCAAUCAGUCAAACAAACAAGCACUAGAAGCACUUCCUAGUGAAGAAUUUCAAUAAUUUUACGUUUGAUGUAAAGGCUGCUCCUCCUAGAGAAAAGAUGGAUUAAAUACUUUUCUGAGUGAAGCAUCAGAUUGGCUGAGUGAGGUGAUUGUCCGGUAUGCACAGUAAAUUGUCAGGUUUUUUCAAUGAGAAGCAUUGGUGUGGAACAAAGAUCUCCAGGAUGGUUGAUUUCAUCAAGCGAUGUAUUGGCUGCAGCAGGUAGAAAAGCACAGGAUUACCAGUACAUUUACUGGUGUUUUUUUGUUUUGUUUUUUAAAGGGGAGGAUAUGAAUAUUAAAGGAGCACUAAAGUUCCAGGAAAACAACACCUGUUUUCCAGGAUCUAUAGGGUUAUUAGGUCCCCCACUCUCUCUGGGCCCCCCUCCCGCUGGGCACACUUGCUGACACAGACACACUUGCUGACACACACAAACACUGACAGACACACACUCACACAUACACUUACUGACAGACACACACACUGACAAUCACACUGACAGACACACUUACUGACAGACACACACACACAUUAACUGACAGAUACAUUUACUGACAAACACACACACUCACUGACAGAAACCUUUACUGAGAAACACACACACACACUGACAGACACACACUUACUGACAGACACGCUCGCUGACUCACACACAAACACUGACAGAAAUAUACACUCACACACACUUACUUACAGACACACUUACUGACAGACACACACACACACACUCACUGACAGAUACAUUUACUGACAAAAACACACACACACAAUUACUGAUAGACCCACACACUUGCUAACAGACACACACUUACUCACAGACACACACACUCACUGACACUUACUGAUAGACACACACACUUACAUAGUCUUGCACACACACUCACAAAUUAAUUGUAUUGCUUGUUGCUCCUACCUUUAGGAGUCUUCUGGGUCUUCUCCCCGGGGUUCAGUGGCUUUCAUGCUCUUCCUGCAAAUCUCUUCUCCUGUGCACUGUUUAGUGAUGCAAAGCCGGAAUGAUGUCAUACACCAACUCCCGGCAUCACCAGAGAAGGCGGGCGAGGGGGCAGGAAGAGCAUCAGCUCCAACAGCGCUCCCUCACCUCUGCAUGCCUCCUUCCUCACCCCAUCUUGGUAUAUAGCUGCAGAGUAGGAACCUGCCCUCUGGAAUAAGCAGGUGACAACUCUGCCUUGCUAAAUAGGCAACUUCUGUGCUCCCUGUGACAGGCCAUUGGACUGCUCUGCCCGGCACUCCCCACCUCCUGGUGCCUGAGCGUGGUGCACCCCGUGCACCUGUCUAGGAUUGGCCCUGACAGCCAGGUGGCUGGAUUCAGGCUGCUUUGUUCUGGGAUGGUUGGCGAACAGAGUCACAUUUAAUUUACAAUAACAGAACCAGCGGUCUCUGGGCAGGAGACCAACCAUUGAGAGAAGGAUUAAAGAAACACUAUAGCAUUAGGAAAACAUAUCUGUAUUCCUAACGCUACAGCCCUGAUACCCAUAAUUAAUCAAGUUCACCCCCAUGUAAAAGAAAAAACAAAUUAAAUAAAAUUAAUCACCUUUUCUCUAGUGUCGAGUCUCCCUUGGUGCUGUUGCAACCUUCUUCUUGUAUAAUCAUCCUGGAGGUGUGCUUUCAGGAUGACUGACCAGUCCCAUGCUCCUCAUAAAGGAGUAUUUGGGACAUUAGGUGCAUGAUUCUUGCUGACCAACUGUGAAUGAAUUGCAUCACGGUAUGAGAGUCAGGAUGCAAGAUUUCAGGCUCUCAUACCCAGAGGGAUUGGAAGUGUGGCUUGAAUCCAUGCUUACAAGCUCUCAAACCCUUGAACUGAAUGGUUUGGGAAGGUAGGAAAGGGGGGCAAGACUGCAGUCACUAUAACAACAUCAAAAAAAUGAAGUUGUUAAAGUGCUGGUUGUGUCAAUCAAAAUCCAAACCAGUUUGGUUCCCCCUUCAUUCUUCACAUAGUGAUUGUUAAUGGGCCACAGAUAUUCAUGUUUAACUCCUGGGCCCUAGGAGGCUUCCUAGGGGGUAACCUUAUGAUUAAACCUCCUUUGCAUGUGGAAUGGACAUCCAUACAAAGAAGAAACGUGUCAGAAGGUCUCUGCUAGUGUAGUGUGUCAGACCUGUACUGUAAUUUCUUUACCUUCCUCUCUCUCUCUCUCUCUCUCUCUCUCUCUCUCUCUCUCUCUCUCUAAGGGGUAUAUUGAGCUCCAGUAUUUAAUUAUAUAGCCCUGUGCCUACUGUAUGUAAUAGACUACGACCUGGUUCCUGGGGGAAGUGCAGACAUUAUGACUCUCAUUUCCCCAUCACUACUGCAGCAUACCUUACAACCUCUGCUAUUACACAAAUAUAACAAAACCUAUUAAAUGAUGGAAUAGCAGUCACAAUGUGAGUAUUCACUGCAUUGUCCUAAAUCCAAACUGGAGUAUUCUCUUUUUCUGUGACUUAUGGGAGAAGAGUGACUAGAACUGACGUAAAACAUAGUAUGCGUUCAUUGCCAAAGAUGCUUUAUUUUACUUACUUAAAGGUUUGCAACAGAGGUUGUAAAGGACAUAAAGUAACUAAAAGAAAAGUACCCAAGACAUUGAGGGGCUCCUACAUAUCUCACAGUGAUGUCUAGCCUUCUUUAACCUAUUGGUGAAUAUACCUUAAAACAAUAAUAAUAAUAUUUAUAUAUAUGUAUAUUCCUGCUUUUUAACUUCUAGAUAAACACAAAUAUCCAAUAUAAAUAAUGUAAUUUUUUGACCUUACUGUACUAAUUGCUAUUUAUAUUAUAUUCAUGCAGAAUGUUUACGUCAAACACGUUUGAUGCUAUUAGCGAUGAUGCAUUUACCGGUCUUCCCCACCUCGAGUACCUGUAAGUAUAACGUGCAAAAUAUUAUAAUGUACGUCUGCAACAUUCGCAACAUAGAAAACAGAGCUGAAUAUAAUCCUUGGAGAAUUUAUUUAAUGCUGGUCUAGUUUCUAUUUUCACUCACAGCUCAGCUGUAUCUGUUAACUGUCAAAUAAUAACUGUUGCAAUCAAGUCUCAAGGCCAAUGCUAUUAUGACUAAUUACUGCUCGCUUAGAUUCUCUACCUUGUUAUAUCAUGAGUAACACAGUUUUGCAUUGGGCUGGUUACCAUUAAUUUACUGGCCAUGUUUUUCUUGUAUCCGAUAAUAGAUGGGAACAGGGCUAGCAUUUGAUUGGCUAAAUGAGGGGAAAUUGCCAACUGGCUUCUCUGAAUAGAACGACUUUGGUCAUUAGUUUUAUUUAUUUUCUAUUAAUUCUGUUAUCAAUUAUUAUCAGGCCCAGCCACGCUGUGCUAACUGUUUUCUAAGCCUCGUGUUUGGUGAGUGUAGUGUAUUUUGGUUGUAUGAAUUGUAAAUAUAUUUUUUUACUUUUAAGCCUUGUAAACAUUUUAUUUUGUUCUUUUUUCCAGAUUCAUAGAGAACAACAAAAUUAAAUCAAUAUCAAGGAAUGCAUUCAGGGGACUUAAAUCUCUGGUUCACCUGUAAGUAGAGAGUGAAUACCUUUAAUACAAUGAUGUUCUAAUAUUAAACUAUUUGAAACUUAAACUACUUUAAUACUGACCAGUCGACUGACAGAUAUACUGUAUUUUUCCAUAUCUAAGACUAUGUUUUUCUCUAAAAAAAAUUUGGUUUAAAAUUGGGGGUCGUCUUAUACACGAAAUGUCACUGCAGGGGUGGCGCCUGCCAGAAAUGAAAAAUUUUAUGUCAAAAAAUCCUCACUAUUUUCAGUUUGACUAUUUUGAACUAACAUUUGAAAUACGCUUCUAAUUCUAUACAAUUCACAGUCAAUGAAAAACUUCACAGCUUUUUUUUUCAUCAUUAAUAAAGGUAUUUACAAUAAUAAUACUGAUAAAUUAAAAUGGACCUUAAUUUUCCAGGAUUUUUUAUAUUAUAUUAUUUUAUUCCCCAUAUUUAAGAAAUAUGUAUUUUUAUUGUUUGAGAAAUAAAAUUAAACGUAGAAAUCAACACCUGUUUUCUCCUGCAUCUGGGUGCCUCCAUCUUAGCUUCCCUGACAAUCAUUGUCAUAAGCUCUGUUAUUUGCAACAGGCAACCUUCAUAGAUAAAACAUAUGGAGAAAAAGAGAAAUGAAACAAUGUUUCUUCUGCUCAUUUGCAAUGUGUGCCUUGGCUGUGCCAGGAUUUAACAUGAUUAAUAUAAAUUUAAAAGAAAAUAAAAAAUUACAUGAAAACGGUUAGCACAAGUUAGAGGUGACAUCCAUCGUUUUUUUAAAUUGUGUGAUUUCCAUAGAAGUGAAAGGUCCUCUUACACCAACAGAACUGUGACUUUUACGAAAAACGAUUUACUCACCAGCCUAAUUUCUUCUUCUCACAAUCUUCUAUACAGAAGCAAUAGGCAUUGUUUGGUGUAUUCAUUAACUUAAAUACAGUUCAUGUAAGCAUUUAGAUUUUUUUCACUUCUUACAUCAAUUUACCCAAAAAACACGUUGCUAUUGAAUAGAUCUGUUUCAAAUUUCCCCAUUACUCUCAAUGUAACUUUUCCUUGGGGCUACUUGACAAAUAGGAAGUUAACUUAUCCCUGGCAAUUCCUAUAUUUCCAAUUCCAAUGUUGUAUGAUACUACCAUACAAAGGGUUAAAGUGAGUAUUCGGUCAGCACUUACUCCUAGAGCUCUGUUUAACGCUGGGAUGUAACACAAAGUCAUGUUGACAUCACGUUGGACAAAGAUUCCUCACACACAUGGUUUUAAUCAUCUGAAAUUAAAAUUACUUUUAUCUGCUGUUUUUAAAUCUCUGUUCUUUGCCCUUUCAUUUUGAAAACAUAUAUGAAUAUGACUAAAAGAGCUUAUCCUAAUUGUUCAUAGAUUUGGCUUAUCAAUUGCAAUAACAGAUGUUAAUGUUUAAAAAACAUUUUAUUGUGUUUUAUUGUGUUUUAAUCUGGUAUAUCAUGGGUAGAAGUAAGCAGACUAUCUUGUAUUUUAUUUAUUAUGUUUCCUGGUGGGAUCCCGGGCCCUGUCUGGGGCCGAAGUGCUGGGCGAGCGGCUCUUGAGCUGCCCCCAGCACGGCGCCGAUCCUCAAGGCGCCUCAAAGUGGGGGUACGGAGAGGAGCCCUGUCACAGGGAGCCCAGGAGGUGGCCAUCUGGCCACCUCAAGGCGCCCCCGAAGCUGUGCUAGGUAAGGCAGAGCAGGCACCUGCUUACCUUGAUGACAGGUGCCUGCUCUGCCAACAAAUCUCAAUGACCGGAGGAGAGGGGGACAGAGAAACCAGGCAGCGAGUGAGGCUCUUCUUGCAGCCUCUCACUCCUCCCUCGCAUGCCCUCUUUGAUGCCAGGAUCCGGAAUAUGAUGUAAUUCCAGCCCCGGCGUACUAAACAGCGGGCGAAGGAGUGAGGAGCUGCCCCACACUGGACUCCAGGGAGGUGAUUGUUUGACUGUCAGUGAGUGUGUGUGUGUGUCUAUUUGUCAGUGAGUGUAUGUCUGUCAGUGAGCGAGUGUAUGUAUGUCAGUAAGUGUGUGUGUGUGUGUGUCAGUGAGUGUAUGUCUGUCGGUGAGUUUCUGUGUGUGUGUGUGUCAGUGAGUGAGUGUAUGUGUUUCAUUGAGUGUGUGUCUGUCAGUUAGUGUGUGUUUUUGUGUGUCUGUCAGAAAUCCUUGCACCGACCCUGUAUUACAGCAUUAUUUACUAGAAUGAAAAUUCAAAUUUAAUGCCAAAGUAGCAUAAUUCAAAGCAUAGUUGACGGAUAGAUUUUUUCCAAUUUGAUUAUUUUUACCUUAGAUUUGAAAUUCACUUUGAAUUCUUACUUUAGUGAAUAACCCUGUAAAUGGAGAAAACAGAAUAAAAGAAACAGAAAAAAAAGAAGAAAUGGAGGAAGAAGGCUAAAAGGAGACAAUAAUACUGAGAAAGAAAGCUCAGUCUUUGAUUUCUAGAAGUAGAAGAUACAGGAGAGAUGUAUAUUACAUGCAUGGUCAGUGUUAAUUUUGUCAACUAAAAAUUUUAGUCACAUUUUAGUAGACUACAACUUUUGGAGAUUCAGUGGACUAAAGCUAGACUAAAACUAUAACAAUUCAGAUGAAUUAAAUAUGACUACGACUAAAAUGGCUUUUUAGUCAAAUGACUAUGACUAAAACUAAAUCGAAAUUUGCCGCCAAAUUUAACAUUUCCAGAAGGGCUGUGGAAGGGGCAAACGAGACAGACCAGGGCUUGGGAGUGAGACACCUAGAGGGGUUGGGAAGACACAAAGAGACACAGAGGGGGGCUGGAGAAGGGGAAAACAAGACAGACCAGGGCUUGGGAGAGAAACACCUAGAUGGGCUGGGAGGACACAAAGAGACUCAGAGGGGUUGGGGAAGGGGCAAACAAGAAAGACCAGAGCUUGGGAGAGAAACAUCUAGAGAGGCUGGGAGGACACAAAGAGACACAGGGGGGCUGGGGAAGGGGCAAAAGAGACAGACCAGGGCUUAGGAGAGAAACACCUAGAUGGGCUGAGGGGACACAGAGGGGCUGGGAAAGGGGCAAAAGAGACAGAUUAGGGCUUGGGAGAGAAACACAUAGAGGGGCUGAGAGGACACAAAGAGACACAGAUGGGCUGGGGAAGGGGCAAAAGAGACAGACCAGGGUUUGGGAGAGAAACACCUAGAAGGGGUGGGAGGACACAAAGACACAGAAGGGCUGUGGAAGGGGCAAAAGAUACAGAUAGAGGCUUUAACUAAAUCCAUUAGAUUUUAGUUGUUCGACUAAAAUCUACUGGAGAUUUAGUCAACUAAAACUAGACUAAAACUAAAACAAUUAAGAUGACUAAAAUACGACUAAAACUAAAAUGGCUUUUUAGUCAAAAGACCAUGACUAAAACUAAAUUGUUCCUCCAAAAUUAACACUGACAUGGUGUGGCCAAGUUAAUAAUUAGUACCUUUAAAUAGGUCAAUAGGUCAACUGAGAAUUGUUGGGAAUUCAAAGUGAAUGUAAAGACAAUUUCACAUUCAAGACCAAAAUAGCAGAACUGUGAACAUUCUCCAAUUCAGUUUUUGGUUUGACCACUACCUUACAUUUAAAAUUCACUUUGAAUUCUUGAAUUCUCGAAGGCUUCUUUGAACUCUCACUUUAGUAAAUAGACCCUGUAAGUCUAGCCAAGGGCUAGGGAUCCAGAAGACAGCAUAAAUGUUAUCAACCACCAGACCUCAGGGCAUACAGCAAAAUUUAACAGUUAGGACAAGCCAAGGUCAGGAUGAUAGAAAUUAAAAUAAAAAAUAAAAAGCUAAGUCAGGAGCACUAAUCAUAACAUUACACAGCCAUUUUCAAAGGCUAGAGAGAUAGGCAGGUUUAUAGAACUCUAUCGAGGGAAGAACUGGUAAAACAGGUGGUUGCCAGGGCGUGUGCAGAUAUGACGCAUUUGUGCACAUGUGCUCAGUUACUAUCGUGUUGAUUUAAGCAUUGCAAAUUGAUGUAAACAGCAAGCAUCUGGCAUCGGUCAAAAUGAAAGCAUGGAGUGACUAAGCCACAGAGAUGAAGAUAAUGCUCUGUUUUCAUGUAACCUUAAAGAUACAUACUGCCCACCAACAAAUCACAUAAGUAGAGCACAUACAAUUUUCAAUUACCAUCUUCAGUAUCUGAACAUGAGUAGCUUAAUGGGUUACUGUAACUCUUUUUUAUGAAUUAGGUUUUUUUUAACCUAAAAUGCCCUACUGGUUGUUUGAGUAACUAUUUAAGGACUAAACUUGAUAUUUAGUAACCUCAGAUAUUUACUAACGUGAGAAUUGUCUUUAAUGGUGUGGAGUUCAGUGAUAUAUUUAUACAAAUGGUAAUGAUUUGGAAUGUUGAUUAAAGUGCAGUUAACUUGCUGGUAGUAAUAUGAAUGUAUUAUUUCUAUAUUGGCAAUGCUAUAAUAUUCAGUGUUGUUCGCAUUGUUUUUUUCAAUUUGAUUUUUAAUUGAUUGCCGUUGCCUUGUUAAAGGAUGCACUCUUACACAAUAACACGUGUAGAACAUAUCGCAAUUUUCCAAAGUGAGCUAUUUAAAACUCAUUUUGCGUAAUUGGCACUGGAUAUGAACAACACUAAAUCUCUACUUGCAGAUGAUAUUGGCUCUGCUGAAUGUUAUGACAGCUGAAAUUAACUUUUUUUUUCUUCGAAUUGCUGUGAUUCAUCAUUUGGGAAAAUAAUCACUAGAAACAUGUUAGGCGUUAAAAUAUGUAUGUGGGUGACUCUAACAAUCGCAUCGCACAGUAGUAAGUUUCCAUGUGCAACAAGGUUUACACCCACUAAUCUGACUUUUACAAAAGCUUUAGUUCAACUCUAAGUACGUGUGAAACAGAGUAGAAACACUAGGAGCUUGUAUUAAUGAAAGUAACACUUAUUGCCAAGUUUUACAUUCAAGCUACUUAGCUUAACAAAACAGAAUACAGAUUUGCACACAAAAAAUUGUUUUACAUUUUACAAGGCUACUUAAAAUCACCUAUCAUAGCAAAUCUGGGAAUUCAGUACUGCAUGGCCAUAUUGUGUUAAGCCCACCACUAUAUGACAGUAUCCCAAUAUCGGUGAGUACUACACUAAUUUUAACAUGGGAUUACCAUGCUAACUACAAUAUGUACUACUUAAACUGCGUGCAGAGACUCCUCAAUUUAUGCUUUCCUGUGGUCACUUCCAAACAAGCACGUAAAGUGGAUGGAUGGGGUGCUCAGCCCAAUAGGAAUCUGGUCUGGAUUCCAAAUGUACACAAAAAAAGGGGAUGACGUAGUGGUGGACUUAACACAAUAUGGCGAUAUGGUGUAACUAAAUCCCCAUAUUUAUUUGCUAAGAUAGGUGAUUUUAAGUAGCCUUGUAAAAUGUAGGAUAUUUUUUUGUGUGUGCGCUGUUCCCUAAUCUGUAUUUUGUAUAUAUUUUAAUCUUUACCAAUACUUAGAAAUGCAUGUUCUCGGCAUGAACCCAUUUCCUAAUUUUUCUUAGCAAAACAGAACCAGAGAUCUUUGGCCAAGUUGUACAGUGACUGCCAAUUGACCUGAUUAAUUAAGCUCUUUAUUAGAGCUUAUCAAGUUAGAAAACUCUAAUACAAACGUUCAGAGGCUUUAUCAUUCAACAGUUUGAGCAAUCAUCCUAAUCCGUUUAUCUAUACAUUGCCAAACUUCUGCAUUGAUGAAGUAUUGUUUAAAAUGUACUUAUGUUAACUGCAACACUUAUGGUAUUAAAUUAAUGUUCUUAUGUUAGGAAUACUAAUGUGUAUUCCCAACAUUGGAACGUUUUCUUAACUAUUUAGAUUUAUGGGCCCUCCUUAACUAUUUAGAUGUAUAGAUCCUCCUUAAAUAGUUAAAUAAAGAGUUUUACUCACUUUUAGCCUCCUGGUGCAAGCAUCCCAGGACCACAACAGGAAGCACCUCUAGUGACUGUCAGUGUGAAAGCCAAUUAGAGGUGUCCCACGAAAGUAAUAUAAACACUGCAUUUAGUCAGAAAAGGCAGUGUGUACAACUGACACACUUCAGGAACAGUUCUGCACCAAAACCACUUCAUGUCUCAGGCAGUGGUUCUGGUGCUUAGAGCGUCUUUUUAAUUUCUAAGCUUUCUUGUACACAUGUAGCAAUCCAUUGAGUGGUGCUGGAUAAAUGGAAAUGUAAUUGAGUGGCAGAUAUGAAUAUGCAGGUUUAAAUUAUGUUACAUAGGCUGAAAAAAGAUGCAUUAAGUUCAGCCUUUCUUACACCUGUUUCUGCUGUUGAUCCAAAAGAGGGCAAAAAAAAAGCAGUUUUGCAAAUUUUGCAACAAUGCUAGGAAAAAAUUAAUUCUUAACCUCAGAAUGGCAGUCAGAUCUCUCAUUGGAUCAAGAAGCUGUGAACCCAUUUUGCAAGAAUUCAUCCAGUCACUGUUUAAAUAUCUGUACCAACUCUGAUAAAAUCACUUCUCCAGGCAGAGAAUUCCAUAUCUUUAUUGUUCUAUGUUUAAAUGUGCCUUCCAAGAGAUUAUAAGUGAGAUUUUGCUUUCACCCCUCUUCAUAAUUAUAACCUAAAACUUUACCUCUGAAUUCCUCACAAUUCCCUAUAUUUCAUAAAUAACUCUUUUAGUUUCAAGACACAAAAAAGCAAAAAGUAUGGUAUGUUAAAAAUUAGUUACUUAUUGUGAUUAUUUUAUGCUAUAAUUAUUAUUAGUAAUUCCUCCUCCUUCAGAUGAGUUUGAGUAAAUAUGAUAAUUAAUUCAUAGAACAAUAUAUAUGUAUUUGUGUAUAUAUUCUCUUGUUUAAAACCAUAAUCGUUUAUUUCUUUUGACAAUGUAUCCAGCUACUAAAUGUUAUGAUAAAAAAAAAGAUAAAUGUUUAUGUCAUUAAAAAAGAAAAUUGUGCUCUAUACACAAAUGAAAAUAUCAAAUAAUCAACAUAUGAAAAUAAAUAAAAAGUAUAAGGAAAUCACAUUGACUGCUGGAAAUAUUGUCAUAGAGUCAUGCUGAUAGCAGCAGCAUCGAUAGGGAACAGAGGAACUCUUCAGAAGGCUGGAACAAAACAGAAGAUGAAGGAACUCUGUUCUAGAACUGCGCCGUAUACGUGUGUUCCGAGUUAUAUAUAUGUAGUUUUGCUAUUCCACACCAUGGUAUUUAACAUGAAACUUGUGUUCAGUUUAAUUUGCACGGGUGAAGAAUUGUUCUUCCUCUAUUUGUACAGAUGUUUCUGAUUACUUCCUCAAAUCUAAACCAUUUAGGUGUAAUUUGUUUUUUUGUCUUUGUAGUACCUAAAUAGUUUCAGGAUAAGUUAUGUUUGUGAGUUCUGUUCCGUUGUAUUGUAGUUGUAGUAAAGCUUUUUUAUAGUUGGUGCUAGCUCCCUCUAAUGGCAGCAGCAAUAACAGCAGCAACUUGAAACAGUAUAUGAUGCUAUAUGUUUAUGAUUCUUAACCAAUUGAAGAAUUCUAGAUGUAUAAAAGCAGGGCCGGCCUUAGGUCUUUAGGCACCUUGUGUGAGAAAUGUUUGCGGCUGCUCAUCCAUUUAUAGUGUGUCUAUAGGGAUCCAGUCUUUGUAUAGGUACUUUAUUAAAUAAAUUAUUAUAAAGCACCAAAAAUAGGGAUAGUAAUAAUAUUCAUUCCCCUCCCAUGCUGUUACCUUGAAGGGGGGGCAUGCUAAUUUCUGAUGGUCCACUGUGGUGGUAAUCUGGUCUGCGCCUACGUGUAUGUUAUUUAGUUUGGGUGUAUUGACUGUGUGUGAUAUCUGUGAUGGGUAUUUAAUUCAGAUUUUAAAAAAUGCAUGUAGGCCCAUGUGUGAAUUCCGUUGUAUAUUUUUGCAGUAUCACAUGCACACAGUUCCACAGUCAGACACAAAGUCAGAUUCACAGUUAUAAACAUAUACUGUCAAAUAUAGCCAAACAGUCCCAGGCACAUCGUCACUCGCACAAAGUCAACUGUGUGCGUGUUACAGGCUGAAAGUCACACGCACACAGUUACAGACAGCCACACUCAGUCACAGGUAUACACACACACACACACACUCACACACACAGUCACACACAAGCAGUCACACAUACAUACACACAGUCACAGGCAGACAGUAACACACACAGUCACAGGCAGACAGUCAAAUACCGUUACAGACAAACAGUUACACACCCGGUCCAGACAGUUACAUACAGUUAUAGGCAGAGAGUCACACACACAAAGUUACAGGCUGACACUCACACACACAGUUACAGACAAUUACAGGCAGACAGUCACACACACAGUUACAGGCAGAAAGUUACACAUAUAUCUACAGCCAUACAGUUACACACACAGUUACAAACAGUCAUACACACAGUUACUUCCUUCCAUUAUGAACAGUGAGGGAGGAGUGAAGGCACUGCUGUCCCUGGUUUCUAGUUGUUGGGGAACGUGACUCCUUUCUGCUUCCCCUCAUAGUGCAGCAACCCGGCAGUGGCUUCAUGCUGCAUUUAGCUCCGUUCCAACCUCCCUUUAUUGUGGCUGGCUUUUGAAACUCUGCCACUGCGGUCUGUGUGUGAGCAAUGUCUGCUGCCCAGCGCCCCUGCUUCCAUGGCGCCCUGUGUGGCUGCUAACAUUAUGUUAAUGCUAACAGAAGAUUAGAAAACAAAAACAGAGACAUAAAACAAGACUAAAAUAUCACUGGGAGUGGAGUCAUAAUAAAGAGUGAAUUACAAUUCUGUUGUAAGGCUGGAAAAUACUCUGCUUUCUCCCUAUGCAACACAUGGGCCUCUACAAAGCAUCUUUGGCAGUACUGAUUGCUUGCUCAGUCUGGGGUCUCAUUCAACUGAUGCCUGUCAGGGGUACCUCACAUUCCUGCAACAUAUCAUGGUAUUGCAAAUCUCUCUGGGCCUGUGACCAGAUAGAUGGAGCUGGUCUCCUAGCAGGGACAGGAUCAGGAUGAUAGCAAGGUGUUGCAGUCUUCUGGACCCAGGAACCAUCAGGUGAGGUAUGUGAGCUUGUCAGGUUGGGCAUCUCCAUGGUGCCUGAUGUUCCUGGUGAUGUCUCAUGUAAAGCUUCAACUUCUUGUGCUGGGGAGGAGCACGCAGCUUGGUCCACCGCCAUGAUGAGGACCGUUUUGCAAUUAAGGCCUUUGAAGCCUUCCUCUGAUUUGGAGGUCGCAUCAUGGGUUGUUGGCUACUUGGUUGUUGUGAGGCAAGGGGCAGUGCUCUGCUUUCCAGUCUGCGCCAAAAUUCGGCAAAGAUUGCGUCCAGCUUGUGCCAGACUCCAUGAUGUGAGCUAGUAGGACUGGGGAGACACGCUGAGUUGUAGGCUUGUUUGUAUGGCUUUGCUCUGCUCUCCCUCUAGGUCAGACUCGUCUCCCAGGGGUGGACCGGGGGGGCGGGGUGCGGAGGUAUUGGCCACUUGUGGGAGAUUGGCCACCUCUCCCGCCCGGUACACACAAAGCCACAUGUUGUGAGGAGUGCGGUCAUUCGGCUCCAAUCGGGUCACAGACUGUAGUAUCGGCUCCCAGCCAGAUUGUGAUUCAGGUGGGUUGUCAGUUGUCACCCAAAUCGAGCUGUAUGGGGCUAAAAGUGGCGUUAAUUGCCCUGAUUUCUGAGGAGCUCUGAUAGAAAACAGCUCUCCUCCAUGCCAGUCAGACCCCACCCCCUGUAAUUGUAGUCAUGUGCAAUUUGAAUAAUACUCUGUUUUCCUUUUACUAAACUAAUCUGAGUGAGCUGUGGUAUGUUUGAAGAAAGCAGGAGUCACGUUCUAUUUGUAGUUAUUCUUGAAAUUAGAUUUCUCAAACAAAGUGUCCAUAUAUCACUUUUGUAUUUAAUUAGUUUUGGUCUCUGACACAGAUCAUUGAUUUAGCAAAUUGCAGCAAGCCAAUACAAACCCUGUUACCUUUAUAGUUAUAACUCAUUCCCGAAAUGACCUUGUGUAUCAAUUUAGGGUUUUGAUACAUUAGCAAUUUCAGGAGUUCUGUACAGUAAAAUGUAACUGAUUUUAUUUCCCACGUAUAACGAGGACCCAACUCCCCACAGCCCGCUGUUGUGUUCUUGUGUGAUGAUUAAACAUUCCUCUUUUGAUAUCAUUUAUUUACUGUUCAUGGAGUUAUAAAAUGGUAGGGAAAAAUUGGAAUCUAUACAUUGUGCUGCUAGCAAAUUUCUUUUCUUCAAUUGUAAAAAAGACAAGUCCCUCCAUUCUCUUGUCAAUCAUUUCUCAGGAUAGCGGUCUAUGCUAAGACUUGAAUGACAGUGAUGAGUAGAUGAAGCCUUCUACAGAGGUUUUUUCUACAUUCCAUCGUAGCAACUACAGCAGUUUUACUCCAGUUGCUAUAACUAUACCUUUGGCGAGUGAAUGUCAUGCUGUGCUAGAACAUGUUUCCCAACAUGUGUUCUAGCACCAGUAAUAUACAUUUUUUCAUCUUUAAUCUAAUUCUCAACCACCGCUGCCGACUACUGAGCACAGAGAAGGUAAAGUGAGACGGGCGCCAGCUAAGAGAGAGGAAUCACAAACAAGUGCGGCUCUGUUGCUCUAUUACAUUACUAGUGAAGUAAACCAAGAUAUUAUGUGUGCACAUACUUCUACAUUUGUCAAAUUAAUAUCCUUCUUUCGUUGGUACUCUGCUACUCUGUCACAUGACUUUGCUUAUGUUUAAGCACAUGGGCGCAGGCAGGAGUUUUUCCAGGGGGAGACAAAAUAUGCUCCCCCCUUACUCUUCUACCAUACCAAUUCCUCCUCCCCAUUGCCUACCUUUGUUGGAUCAAGAGAAGGAUUUCCUAGUGGCGGUAAAUUUUAGUUAACUAUUAAUAGGAAAAAAAUCAUAGGAUGAUGGUAGCAGGAGCUAAAAGACAGGUAUGUACCUAUGCAACAUGAGUUUACAGUAGCUGGGAUGGUAAAUAUCAGCCACAACUACACCAAUUUGCAAUCUCCUUGGCAUUCAGUCAGUAAUGCCUGACUGUUAAUCAUGGGAUCUGCAGACAACCACAAAAAGUUAGUGUGUAAUAUAGUCGGGGCCGCCACCAGAAAUUUUGGGGCCCCUAACUGAACUCAGGGUCUGGGCCCCCUGGGGCCCACCUCCAAGACCGCCCACAGGGACUGCCUCCAAAUCCCGCCCACAGGAAUACACACACAGACACAUUCACUGAUACAAAAGGACACAGAUACACACACACACACACACACACAUACUAACAGACACACAUACUGAUAUGCAUAUAGGCAUACAUAAUGACACACACAUACUGAGACAUAUACACAUGUACAGACACACAGCUGUACAUAGUGACAGACAGACACAUGCUAACAUACAUACAGACACACAUGCAUAAGGACAUACAGACACAGACACAUUCAUAAUGACAUACAGAUAGACAUACAUACAUUAAUACUGGCAUACAGACACUGACAUCUAUACAUACAUACACAGACAUACAUUCAUACAGACAGACAUACAUGCAUACAGACACUGACAUCCAUACAUACACACAUAAUGACAUGCAGACAUCCAUACACUGACAUUCAUACACACAUAAUGACAUACACUGACAUUCAUACACACAUAAUGACAGACAGACAUACAUACAGACAAACAUGCAUACAGACAGACAUACAUACAUACAGACAGACAUACAUACAUACAGACAUAGACAUACAUACAGACAGACCUGCAUACAUAUAGACAUACAUACAGACAGACAUAGAGAUACAUACAUACAGACAUGCAUACAUACAUACAGACAUACAUAUAGACAGACAUACAUACAGACAUAGACAUACAUAGACAUACAUAUAGACAUGCAUACAUACAUAGACAUACAGACAGACAUGCAUUCAGACAUACAUACAUACAUACAUACAGACAGACAUACAUACAUUUACAUACAGACAGACAUGCAUACAGACAUACAUACAUACACACAGCUCAUUUUCCAGCCACCCUCCUGUUUCUUACCUUUUCGUUGCAGGAGAGUGGCUGGGGCUGAUGGGAGUAGUCGUCUGAAUCUCCCUCUUCAUUGCCGGGCGCGCGCUCCUUCCGCGUGACCACUUCCUCCCAGCAGCACUUGCUGCGGCUGCUUUUUUUUGUUUUUUAAAGGGGCCCGUUCGCGCUAUACCACGGCCACAGCACUGACCGGGCCCCUGAAGAUACAGGGCCCAUCGGGUGUCCCUUAGUGCAUGAGCCACCCGAUAGGCUCCAUCAGCGUUCGGGCCCCGGUGCAACUGCAGUUCCGCCGCUACACGUGGGGCCCCCAGGGCAACCGGGCCCGUGACAACCGUUAUGGUUGUCACCCCCUGAUAGCGGCCCUGAAUACAGUGGCCACUGUUUAUAAGUACAUUUCCCAUGAAGUUCAGCUAGCAGUAUGGCUGGCUGAAUGUUAUUGUAGAGUCACUUAACAAAAGUUGGUGUUUGUACUGUAGACUUAGUAUAGUGCCCCACCCAGCUACAGUAAGCUACUAUUCCGAUAAUGAUCAACUAUCAACAUGGCUUGCUCAACAUCAUGGAAUUUGCACUCAACAAGUUGUGUACUUAGUAGAGCUCUGUAUUAUAAAUAAAAGGGCAGUUAGAAGGUAGUAAAAAUGGACAUAAAGGCUUGGAUCCAAAAUAGUAAGAUUGCUAGUUAUGCAGCACCGGUGGCUAACCUUUGGCAAUCCCGAUGCUGUUAUUAAAUUUAUCAUAAUGGUCGGCCAAUCAAAUGGAUGGCUGAGAAUCAUGAGAUGUGCAUUCCACCGCAGCUUCAGUACCAAUCUAUUAUGAUAUAUUAGCUAACCUUUGGCAUGCCAGUCUGGCUUACACUUAUGGGAAAGGAAGUCUUUACAGCUAGAAUAUUAACUAAUCUUAGCUACAACCCUCACUCCCCAAAACUCUACUGAAUAUAUCUGUGAUUUAAUUGUGACCAAUAAAUUCUAUGAAAAAUAACUUAUCUCUAGCUCUUAUUUCCACAUCAGUACAUUUUCCUUGUUAUGUUGCGUUGAAUAACUUGUAAAUUUUUAUAUAAGCUUAUUCCCUCAUUGCUCAACAUUUAAAUAUUUGAAUGCAGUCACUAAGCUGUUAAAUGUGUUGUGGUGGUCCGCAUGUGAUCCUCUGGUAUAAAAAGGGUUGGGAACCACUGUGCUGUGCUAGAGGAAUAUACAAUUGUGUUCUGUCACCAAUAAACUGACAUGAAGGUGUGCCCUGCUUUGGGUAGUACUACUAAGCGGGUCCAUUUGGGUAGGAGUAUGAUAGUGGCACCAUGGAUGCUGGGUAGAAGGUAAGUAAUGCGUUAAAGAGAUAUUCUAAGCACCAAAACAACAUUAGCGUAAUGGAGUUUUGUCUAUAGAUCGUGUCCCUGCAGUAUAACUGCUCAAUUAUCUGCCAUUUAGGAGUCAAAUCACCUUUGUUUCUGUUUAGGCAGCCCCAGUCACACCUCCCCUGGCUGUGACUCACACAGCCUGCAUGAAAAACAAACUAAUUUUCAAUCAGAUGUGACAGCACAAUGUGUUUACUUUCAGGCUUUUUAAAUCUCCUGCUCUAUUAGUUGAAGUUUAAUCUCACACCGGAAGCUAUUAACAGAGCAGGAGAUAAUACAUUCUAAAUUAAACCUCCCAAAUGGAAGAGAAUUGAGCAGGUAGAAUACAGGGGGAUAAUCUAUACACAAAAACCACUACAUUAAGCUAACAUUGUUUUGGUGCCGAUAUAAAUAAUUUAUUUCUAGGUUAAUUCUCAUAUUUCAAGCACUUUAUUUGAUUGCGUGCAGAGAUAAGGUAAAGAGAACUGGUCAUACCAAGUCCAAACCAUUUAAAAAAUCUUUAUUAUUUUUCACAAGUUUUUGAUGUGAUAUUGCUUGUUCCAGAAGGAAAAUGAUUUUUUUGUAUCUGAUUUUUCAUAUAACUAUGGACUUAAUCCAAAUUCCCAUUCCCAUACAUUCCAGCUUUAUAGGACAUGACGGUUAAAAAUUGUUUAAAAGUAUGAUGAUCAUACACUUUUUUCCCCCCAGAAACGCAACAAAUUAUAAAUAGUUCUGUUUUUCUCUCUCUCUCUCUCUUUUUUUAUAUAUAUAUAGAAUGUGCUCAGCUAUGUGUAAUUUUAUAAGGAAACCAUUUUGCUGGUCUGGUGUAAUUAAAUAUGUUUAUAAUAUAUGAUAUAUAUUUCUGUCCUUGACAUGUCAUAUUCUUCAACUUUUCCAUUGACAGCUUGAUCUCUGACUAAUCAGUAUUCAUCAUUUAUCUUGCAGGAGUCUGGCAAAUAAUAAUCUUCAAUCAAUCCCAAAAGAUGUUUUCAAAGGCUUGGAUUCGCUUAGGAUUGUGUAAGUGCAAUACAAAAUAAUUUUGCAUCCCAAAGCUUAAUUGUUUAUCAAGUAAUGCAUUGUAUAUUUUUCAGGUCUAACGUUACAAAUAAUUUAUGUAACUGUCCUAUGAUUAGUAGACUUACUGUGUUAUGCCUCAUUAGUAGACCCUCAUUAGCUUUGGAAUAGAUUAUAUGAGUCUUAAGUCAAGGCCUUAAAACCCAUUGGGACCAGUUGACAAUGUAUUUCCCUGUUAAUCUUGAGUGAUGGAUCAGAAGUAGUGAUGUCCCGAACUGUUCGCCGAACAGUUCGCGAACGGUUCGCCACGGUUCGCCACGAACUCCAGUCAGCAGACACAUUCCAGCCAAUCAGCAGCAGACCCUCCCUCCCAGACCCUCCCACCUCCUGGACAGCAUCCAUUUUGAAGCUGCAUUCUUAGUGAGCUGUCCAGUAGGUGGGAGGGUCUGGGAGGGAGGGUCUGAUGCUGAUUGGCUGGACUGUGUCUGCUGACUGGAGUCCGCGGCCAACCGUUCGUGGCGAACCGUUCGUGAACCAUUCGCGAAAAGUUCGGGACAUCACUAAUCAGAAGACAACAUCAGUUUCAAAAACACCUCUUUGAACAAGGACCAAUCACACCUUCUUGGCUACAAGAAUUCUAAAAUUCAAAAAUUGUCACCAUGGAAACAUUGGAAUGCACCUGCUGAUAACACCUCUUUAGAACAAUACACCAAAAUGUCUUGUUAAAGGACCAUUAUAGUGCCAGGAAAACAUACUAAUUUUCCUGGCAAUAUAGUGCCCUGAGGGUGCCCCCACCCUCAGGGACCCCAUCCCGCCCGGCUCUGGAAAGGGGAAAGGGGUUAAAACUUACCUUUCUCCAGCGCCGGGCGGGGAGCUCUCCGCCUCCUCUCCUCCCAUUCGGCUGAAUGUGCACACGCAGCAAGAGCUGCGCACGCAUUCAGCCGGUCGCAUAGGAAAGCAUUUACAAUGCUUUCCUAUGGACGCUUGCGUGCUCUCACUGUGAUUUUCACAGUGAGAAGCACGCAAACGCCUCUAGCGGCUGUCAAUGAGACAGCCACUAGAGGCUUUGGAGGAAGGAUUAACCCAUUUACAAACAUAGCAGUUUAUCUGAAACUGCUAUGUUUAUAAAAAAAUGGGUUAACCCUAGCUGGACCAGGCAACCAGACCACUUCAUUAAGCUGAAGUGGUCUGGGUGCCUAGAGUGGUCCUUUAAGCAUAGUCCCUUACUUUCUUCCCCAAAUAAUUGCAACACAUUUUCUUUCUCAUCCUAUGCAGAUUAUAUUUCUUUAUUGUGUAUUUAGAAAACAUUCAUUUAUAGGAUGAAUUCUUCUCCCCUUUUUUUUUUUUUUUUUUUUUUUAGCAGGAAAUGAUUCAAAAGAAUGUUAUUUAAAGGGAUAGCACUAUAGCCACCCCAUCCCAUUGUAGUGCUUAUGGCGUUAUAGGCUGCCAGUUCUAGGUCAAGCUGUUGGCAAGCUGUUUGACUAAAACUAUUUGUCUGCAAAGCACCUAGAGCUUGCGCUCACCCUUGCACUGCCUUUUAAAUAUGGAUGAAAUUACUUUUCGUGAAUGAUACUUACCCCAAUAAUAAUACGGUGAGCAAAGGGAUGGCUCACAGGUGCCGCAUUACCACCAGUUUUUGUGACUCUGAACUAGUCCAAUGCCGAAUUAGGUUUUUAUUCUGACUCUAGUAUGGGAAGCACUAAGAGCGUUCAGCAUUACUAUGCUGUGUGUGAUGUCUUUCAGCUUUCUGAAGGUCAUUAUGAGGAAGCCAAAAAGUCUCUGAAGGAGUGUUCAAAGUGACAAAUGUCCAAAAAAAAGGACAGCAUCUAUGAACCAAUUCUUUGAAGGUGAAGUGGUUUCUUCUGCAGCCCUAUCCUUUUCCUCCAACGUCAAUCCCCUCUGAUGAGGGGAGGACAUGGGUAGCAUGGAGAGGGUGCUUUCAUUGGAUACCUAUUGACAGUACGCUGUGCAUGCUGAUAUCAUGUGUCCAAUAUGCACAGAAAUAACAUUAGCCUUCCGGAAUAGUUUUUUUUGGGGGCUGUUUAUUACAUACUAACAAUGCUGUGGGAAGUGGUGUUAGACCCCCGGCAGCAAAAAGGUUAAACUCUAUUUGCGAUACAUUUCAUGGUUAAACGCUGCACAUACAGGCUGCAGGAACCUUGACCAACUGUGAGUAUGUGUAUAUAUGCAUAUAUAUGUGUGUGCUAACUGAAUGGAACUUCAUUCCCCUUAGAUGGUACUUUAGUUAAAUAAAAAAGAUCACGUGCCACCUCGUGGUGAAGUGAAGAAGUCCAUUCCUUCUAUUUACUGUAGUAAAAUAUCAACCACUAAUUAUUGGUCGGCAUUUUGUAAAACUAAAAAGGCAAGGCACAAGAUUAUGUGGCUAACAAGUUGACAUUUAGGUUUUAAUAGUAGUUUCUGAUAAUUUCAAUUAAAUUUGAAUUUAUAACAAAUAUUUAACAUUUUGUAAUGUGAGAGGUAGUGGUUUUGUUAUCGUCUGUUUUAUCAGAAGACAAGUCAUUUAAUGUUGAUGUCAUGUAUUUGAAUCUUCAUGCUCACAAGAAAAAGUAAAACAUGUAGUUUUGUUAUUUAUUUGACUUUAAAGAAAGACAAAUAAUUGGCAAAUACUCUCUUAUCGGUAACAUGAACAGAACAUGACUUUGUAAAGGCACUCUUCCCUUAAGUGAAAAUAUUACAGAUAAGGAUAUUUUUGACAUUUAUACUGAAUUAAAUAAUAAAUAGACCAUUUAGCCAUUUCACUACUGAGAGCUUUCCUUAAAUUAAUAAAGAGAAGAUGUGUUUGAAAGACUGAAUGCAUAGUUAGUAUGUACGUCAAUGGUUAACUAGAAAUCAGCUGGUGUCUUUCAGAAUGCAAAUUCCAAAAAUGUUAUCACGAUAUAAAGUUUUUGACUGUAUCAUUAAGCUCACAUAAAUUAAAUGCAAUUGCCAGGCUACCAUAGACACCACCAGAGACCAAACACCUCUUAUAUUAAUGUCAGUCUAGGUCUAUAUAGGCUGUUAUUGCAGAGUACAUGUAUAGGGUGGCAUUUACCUAAAACCCAGCAGGCUGCUUUUCAGCAACUGUGUCCUUUUGAAACAGGUAGGUUUACGUCCAUUAGAGCAGGGUCUUCUUCACCUCUUGUAUCUGUCAACAUUAUUUUUAUCUAUUGAUUACAUUUAACCUCACUCCAUAAUUGUAAAGCGCCAAGGAAAUUGUUAGUGCCAUGGCGUAUAAUAUAAAGCCUAUUUAAACUCAAACUGAUAUUGACACAUAGAACUCAUACAUCCUAUCUGCAGUUUGAGCUCAAACCAGUAAUUAGCAACGAACAGAUGAAUUUACUGCCGGUUUCUGCUUCUCCACAUCUUUCAAUUUUAUUUAUAUUUUUGCAUGUAUUUGUGAUGUUUAUUAUGUAUUAUUCCUAGUUUAGUAUUGUUUUUUGUGGCUUUACAGAUCCUUGUAAAUCAUCACAACCUUUAAAAUAAUUCCUUUCUAUUUGAUGACAGUAACUUUUCUGUCCUCCUGGUGGCAGGGACGGAUUAACAUAGGGGCUGAUGGAGCUGCAGCUCCAGGCCCAGGCCCAGGCCCAUGGAAUAGGCCCAUUGAUUUAAAAAAAAAACCAAAAAACAAAUAUAUAUAUAUAUAUAUAUAUAUAUAUAUAUUUUAUUUAUUUUUUUCACACUACUCUUAGGGAUUCCACCUGGCUUUUAUUUUAUUGGCACAACCAGUAUUUGAGGCUGCCUGGCUGGUGCCAAUAUUGCAGUGAUAUUACAAAUACAAAUGCUGGUAUUUUUCUCAGUAUAAAUAAGAGAUUACUAUGCAAUACCAGCACUGGCCAGUAGGGGUCACUGUGUGUGGAGACAGGCAGGGAUAGGAAGUUCAGCAAAUCCCUCCCUGCCUAUCUAUACUCACUGAUCUGCAGGGGUGCAGCUACAGAGAGUCCAGACAGCAACUCCCACCCUGCAGAGACAGCCUACAGCUCAGGGAAGUAAGGGAUGGGGAAAGGCUGCAAGGAGACAUACACUGAGACACUAAGGGAAGGGACAUUGGGAGACAUUAUGGCAGACACUGAGACACUAAGGAGGGGCAUUGGGAGACAUUAUGGCAGACACUGAGACACUAAGGGACACUGGGAGACAUUAUGGCAGACACUGAGACACUAAGGGACAUUGGGAGACAUUAUGGCAGACACUGAGACACUAAGGGACACUGGGAGACAUUAUGACAGACACUGAGACACUAAGGGACAUUGGGAGACAUUAUGGCAGACACUGAGACACUAAGGGACACUGGGAGACAUUAUGCCAGACACUGAGACACUAAGGGACAUUGGGAGACAUUAUGACACAGACACAUGGGGACACAGUGUCCCUAUGUCUCCCAGUGUCCCCAUGUCUUCCAGCCAGUGUCCCUGGUGUCUCAGUGCCCCUUAGUCUCCCAGUGUCUCAAUGUCCCCAUGUCUCCAAGCUAGUGUCCCUAGUGUCUGUGGCCCUGGUGUCUCAGUGUCCCCAUGUCUCCCAGUGCCCCCAUGUCUGUGAUACAUAGGGACACUGUGAUACAUAAGGUCACUGGGAGAACUGGGGACAUGACACUAGGGGACACUGGGAGACAUGGGACACUGAGACCUGGAGUAAUCGACACAUGGGGACACUGGGAGACAUGGGGGCACUGGGAGGAAUCCAUCUAUACAGCAUAAUCACACUAAGUAGUUUUUUGGUGAUUUUACAGCAUUUUCUCUUAUGUCACUCCUUGUGAUUUACAUCAUGUGAUGUUACCCAUACAUAUUUAAUUAGUAAGGCCGGUAUGUUUUUCCAAGAAAGGUGGCAACGCUAACUACUUUUCACAUACUCUUACUUAAGUAUGGAAACAUAAGAGGGAUGUAUGGGAACAAAACUUGUGUGGACUGGCUGACAAUGAAUAUAGUUAAAGGGACACUAUAGUCACAAGAAUAACUACAGCUUAUUGAGUUAGUGUCAGGAUUACUGUUUGAUCCAGCACGUAGAACUGUACAGCACGUAUAACAAAUAAGUAACGUAUUACCGGUCCUUAGAAUGGCCGGAUUUAACGUACAAAGAAUAGUCAAAAAUACUAGCCGAGGUCAGGGAACACAGAAAGGGACACAGCGAUGAGGAAAGCCAGGAGUCAGGAUACCAGAAUAUAGAGAAGUCAAUAAACAAAGCCAAAGUCAAAAACCAGGUAGAAAACUAUAAACAGGAACGCGCUCUCAGACAACCACAAGGGAAACCACGACAGGGCACUGAGCAGGCUGAGAACUGGGCCUAAAUACCCCUCCUUUAGUUCUGAUAGGCUGUAACCGGCCUUUGACCCCAAAGUCAGUUACCAGGUUUCAUUUGCAUAAUUGCUGCUCAGCAUUAACCCUUCUGUGGAUUAGGUUGCUGCUCGGCACAACUUUUCCUGUGUGGACAGUAAAUGUCAUUAAUCACUUUUCUCUAAGCGGAUGAAUACAUGACACCAGGUUUCAUUUGCACAAUUACUGCUCAGCAUUAACCCUUCUGUGGAUUAGGUUGCUGCUCGGCACAACUUUUCCUGUGUGGACAGUAAAUGUCAUUAACCACAUUUCUAUAAGCGGAUGAAUAUGUGACAUUACCCCCACCUGAAGAACGCCCACCGGGCGGACAGGACCAGGCUUGAGAGGAAAUUUAGCGUGAAAAGCGCGGAUCUUACGGCCCGCAUGCAGGUCAGGAGCCGAAACCCAAGAACGAUCAGCAGGACCGUAACCUUUCCAAACAACCAAGUACUGUAAAGUGCCCCGAGAAAACCUAGAAUCCACGAUAGAAGAUACCUCAUACUCUUCCUGACCACCCACCACCACCGGAGGGGGAGGAACACAAGGAACAGUAUAUCUAUUGCAGACAAGAGGUUUGAGUAAGGACACAUGAAAAGUGUUGGGAAUCCCUAAAGAUGCAGGAAGAGCCAGAGAGUAAGACACUGGAUUGAUCCUACGAAGCACUCUAUAGGGACCAAGGAAUCUGGGGGCAAACUUCAUGCUAGGGACCUUAAGCUUGAUGUUGCGAGAUGACAACCAAACCCGGUCCCCCACUUGGUACACCGGGUUGGCACUCCUACGCUUAUCAGCAAAAUGUUUGAAGCGUUCAGCAGCAGCCCCUAGAGCAGUUUGAACCUUAACCCAGGUAUCCCGAAUGGAGGCCAGACGCUCAUCCAGAGCAGGAAUGGCAGUAUCAGAAAAUACCGCAGGGAGAACCGUAGGAUGCCUACCAUUAUUGACAAAAAUGGACUGUGCCCAGAGGAGUCAUGAACAGCAUUGUUUCUAGCGAACUCGGCCCACGGGAGUAGUUCGGACCAAUUGUCUUGUGUGCUAUUAAUAAAACAACGCAAAUAAACUUCUAAUGACUGGUUAGCCCUCUCAGCUGUACCAUUGGUCUGUGGAUGGUAGGAGGAGGAGAAGGAGAGAUCAAUCCCCAAUUGUUUACUGAACGCCCUCCAGAACCUGGACACAAACUGAGAGCCCCUAUCAGACACAAUAUUGUGGGGGAUGCCAUGCAAACGGACAAUUUCACGUAUGAAAAUUAGGACCAAAUCUUGCGAAGAUGGCAACUUCUUGAGAGGAAUGAAGUGAGCCAUCUUAGAAAAUCGGUCUACAACCAUGAGAAUAGUAGUGAACCCAGCAGAGCUAGGAAGCUCAACAAUAAAGUCCAUGGAUAGGUGGGACCAUGGAAUCUCAGGAACAGGAAGAGGCUGCAACAGGCCACAAGGAAGUGCAUGAGUCACCUUAGAAACUGCACACACAGAACAUGCCUGCACAUACUCCUUUACAUCUUUCCUGAGUGAAUCCCACCAAAAUGAUCUAGUGAUCGCGGCAGUGGACUUAUUGAUGCCCGGGUGUCCAGCAGUUAUAUUGUCAUGGAACACUUUCAUGAUAUUAACCCUUUCACAUAGGGGAACGAACAGUUUAUCACACGGUUUACCACUGGGCGCCUGAGGCUGGGCCUCCAGUAUGGUGCCAAGCAGUGGAGAAGACAGUGAGAGGACAGUAGUAGCAAUAAUACACUCUGCUGGAAUAAUAGGAGAUGUCAUCUGUUCCGGAGCUGACUCAUUAUCAAAUUGCCUGGACAAGGCAUCAGCCUUGGUAUUUUUAGAACCAGGUCUAUAAGUAAUGAGAAAGUUAAAACGUGAAAGGAACAGUGACCAUCUAGCCUGUCUGGAAGACAAACGUUUGGCAUCCCCUAUAUAUGCCAGAUUUUUGUGGUCGGUUAUGAUCAACAGGGGGUCCUUGGAACCCUCCAAAAGAUGUCGCCACUCCUUGAGGGCAAGAAUAAUGGCCAACAGUUCUCUAUUGCCAAUAUCAUAGUUGCGCUCAGCAGGAGACAUCUUUCUGGAGAAGUAGCCACAAGGAUGCAAUGGUGUUUCCUGGCUUUCUCUCUGAGAGAGAACAGCCCCUACCCCUGUCUCGGAUGCAUCAACCUCCAAUAUAAAAGGUUUACUGGUGUCAGGAUGUUUUAGUAUGUCCGCAGAGGCAAAUCUUUGUUUAAGAGUCUCAAAAGCAUUCACAGCCUCUUUGGACCAUACCGUGCUACUAACCCCUUUGCGAGUCAUAUUUGUGAUUGGGGCUAUUACAGAAGAAAAUCCCUUGAUGAAUCUUCUGUAAUAGUUGGCAAAACCAAUAAACCUUUGAAUGGCUUUUAAACCAGAGGGUAAUGGCCAGUGUAGUACAGCCUCUAGUUUUUUAGGAUCCAUUUGAAAUCCCGAUGCAGAGAUGUUGUAACCCAAAAAGUGGACUUCAGGCUGGUCAAAUAUGCACUUUUCUAAUUUACAAUAAAGUUUAUUUUUCAACAACGUCUGCAGAACCUGUUUCACAUGGGAGUGGUGAGUUUGAAGAUCAGGGGAAUACACCAAAAUAUCGUCCAAAUAAACCAAGACAAAUGAGUAAAUGAAUUCCCUGAGUACAUCAUUUAUAAAGUCUUGGAAUACGGCCGGGGCGUUGCAUAACCCAAAUGGCAUUACCAGAUAUUCAUAGUGUCCACUACGGGUAUUAAAUGCCGUCUUCCACUCAUGAUUCUCUUUAAUUCUAACCAAAUUGUAAGCGCUCCUAAGGUCAAGCUUAGUAAAUACUUUAGCUCCCUGAAGUCUAUCGAACAAUUCGGAAAUGAGUGGAAUAGGGUAUGCAUUUUUUACAGUGAUUUUAUUAAGUGCCCUGUAGUCUAUGCAAGGGCGUAACUCACCACCCUUUUUCUCAACAAAAAAGAAUCCUGCACCAGCUGGUGAGGAUGACUUUCUUAUGUGCCCUUUGCUCAAGGAUUCUUUGAUGUAUUCCUCCAUUAUUUUACUCUCCUGGGGAGAUAAGGCAUAAACUGCCCCCUUAGGUGGCAUAGCGCCUGGAAACAGGUUAAUGGCACAGUCAUAUGCUCUGUGGGGAGGCAAUACAUCGGAUUGAGCCUUGUUAAACACCUCCUGAAGUUCUCGGUAUUGUAUGGGAACUCCAGGAGUUUGGGGAGUGGUAGUGGGAAGGUCAAUAGUAUCCAAUCUCUUUAGUACUGGUUUUAUACAUCUCCCCAUACACUCUUUACCCCAUUCUAAUAUCUCCCCAUUAGCCCAGUCAAUAUAGGGAUUGUGCUUACUCAGCCACGGAAACCCUAAUAUGAUAGGACAUGAUGGAGAAGUAAUAACCUGAAACGUCAUCUCCUCCCUAUGGGAGGCCCCAAUGGAGAUCGUAAUAGGGACAGUUUCGUGGGUUAUAAGCGGUUGUGUGAGUGGUCUACCAUCAAUAGCCUCUACAGCUAGCGGCGUAGGUCUCUCCCUGACCGGUAUCUCAUUACCCCUAAUAAACUGUACAUCAAUAAAAUUUCCAGCAGCACCUGAGUCCAUUAGGGCACUGCAAGAAAACUUCUUGUUAUCAAUGGAAAUAGAUACCUCAAGGAGGAAUCUACUUUUGUUUUUGUUAGAGGACAACUCCAUCACACCUAAGAUCUGUCCCCUUAAGGUUCUUAGGUGCGGAAGUUUUCCGGACGCACUGGACAAUUAGUUAUCAUAUGUCCCUUUCUACCGCAAUAUAGGCAUAACCCCUCCCUUCUCCUAUACUGUUUUUCGGCCUCUGACAGUCUAGUGACCCCCAACUGCAUAGGUUCGGGUUCGGACUGUACAGGGAGGUUAGACAAAACAGGUUUAGAGAAUUGAGGUGCUAGGGACAUAGCCGUACGUCUGGUCUUGCUUCUGGUGACUUCUCUGAGUCUUAACCUAUUAUCAAUAUGCAUGACAAACGUAAUAAAUUCGUUAAGACUCUUAGGUAAUUCUUUAGCGGCUAUCUCAUCUAGUAUAGUCUCUGAGAGAAACAGAAUAACAAAGUGGGGGGUGCAAUAAAUAGAAUGAAUAGUACAAAAUAUAAAUACUUAUUCGUAGUAGUAGUAGGAACUUAAUCUGUAAAACACAAAAGUCCAUACAUAGUGUAAAACUGUAAAUAGUAGAAGUAAUAGAAGCAAAGGUAUUGGGUCACUCACAAUGAAUAGAGCCUAAAAUAGCAGGCUCUAGCUUGAUUGCAUGUGGAAAAUCAGCUUUUCCAGGCUAUUCAAGAUGUCCCCACAGUCUUCCUAUAGACACUGGUGCUGGAUUCCAGAUGUAGGAAAGAUGGACAAAAAGAAUUCUUCAGCUUUAAAAAGUAUUUACUUCAAUAAAAUAACAAGAUAAAUAAAAAUGUAAAAAUAUAUAACAUUUAAAACACAACGCGUUUCGACAAUAAGUCUUUCUCGAGUGUACAGUCCUCUUCUUCCGGCAUCCUUUUAAAUCUGUGCUACCGGAAAUUAGAUUUCCCGCCGAGUUUCACUUCCGGUAUGACGUCAUGACGUACGUUCCGUCGCUGCGUCAUGACGUGUCGGCCGUCAUUGCGUCAUUUCGUCAUUCCCAUGCGUCCAUUCGGCAACCCGGAAGUGACUGCAGGGCUCCAUUCAGACUGGGGGGACAUCUUGAAUAGCCUGGAAAAGCUGAUUUUCCACAUGCAAUCAAGCUAGAGCCUGCUAUUUUAGGCUCUAUUCAUUGUGAGUGACCCAAUACCUUUGCUUCUAUUACUUCUACUAUUUACAGUUUUACACUAUGUAUGGACUUUUGUGUUUUACAGAUUAAGUUCCUACUACUACUACGAAUAAGUAUUUAUAUUUUGUACUAUUCAUUCUAUUUAUUGCACCCCCCACUUUGUUAUUCUGUUUUAUCACGAUUUGGGAGUGUCUUUGAGUGAUUUUGAGACACUGGGGGUAGUUGCUAUUCUGUGUACAGCGCCAAUCCACCUAUAUUUAUUUCCUUUUGGAGGAAUAUUUCUUGUUUGUUUAUAGUCUCUGAGAGACCCUUUUUGAAUGCUGAGAUUAACCCAUUGUUAGUCCAGUCUACCUCGGAAGCUAAGGUACGGAAUUCAAUAGCAUAAUCCGAGAUAGACCGGUUACCUUGUCUGAUGUGCAUUAGGGCAGUGGAGGCGCCAUCCUCUCUACCCAAUGGCUCAAACGUGAGCUUGAAUUCGGCAAGGAAUUCCUGGUAAUUAUGAGCUAUGCUCCGAUUACUCUCCCACAACGGAUUAGCCCAGGCAAGGGCCUUGCCCUUUAAUUGAUUCAUUAGAUAACCAAUUCUUGCUCUGUCCGUGGGGAAUGACCCUGGUGAGGCCUCAAAAUGGUACUCCACCUGAUUAAGAAAACCCCUGCAUUCCUGGAUAUUGCCAUCAAACUGUAGGGAUGGUGAUAAGGAGAUGCAAGGAGUCCUAUUAACAGUGGGUGGAGGUACACAGGGUAGAGGUGCUAUAGGAGGAGAAGCUGCAGGCUGCAGAUGCUCCGUUCUAGCGAGAAGCGUACUUAAAGCCUGAGUGAAUUGAUCCAUGCGGUGAUCAUUCUCCUCUAAUUUCCUCUCGCAAGCAGCUAUGUGCUGACACAGUUCUACAGGAUCUAUGGCCAUGUCGUAAUGUCAGGAUUACUGUUUGAUCCAGCACGUAGAACUGUACAGCACGGAUGACAAAUAAGUAACGUAUUACCGGUCCUUAGAAUGGCCGGAUUUAACGUACAAAGAAUAGUCAAAAAUACUAGCGAGGUCAGGGAACACAGAAAGGGACACAGCGAUGAGGAAAGCCAGGAGUCAGGAUACCAGAAUAUAGAGAAGUCAAUAAACAAAGCCAAAGUCAAAGUCAAAAACCAGGUAGAAAACUAUAAACAGGAACGCGCUCUCGGACAACCACAAGGGAAACCACGACAGGGCACUGAGCAGGCUGAGAACUGGGCCUAAAUACCCCUCCUUUCUUUCUGAUAGGCUGUAACCGGCCUUUGACCCCAAAGUCAGUUACCAGGUUUCAUUUGCAUAAUUGCUGCUCAGCAUUAACCCUUCUGUGGAUUAGGUUGCUGCUCGGCACAACUUUUCCUGUGUGGACAGUAAAUGUCAUUAACUACAUUUCUAUAAGCGGAUGAAUAUGUGACAAUUAGUUCUGGUGAGUAGAAUCAUUGCCUUCAGGCUUUUUCCUGUAAACACUGUCUUUUCAGUGAAAAUGCAGUGUUUACAUUACAGCCUAGUGAUAACUUCACUGGCCACUCCUCAGAUGGCUGUUAGAGAUCCUUCCUGGGUCAUGGCUGCCUAAAAUGCAUCCAAACAUUCAGUAUCUCCACCCUCUGCAUGCAGACACUGAACUUUCCUCAUAGAGAUUCAUUGAUUCAAUGUAUCUCUGUGAGGAGAUGCUGAUUGGCCAGGGCUGUGUUUGAAUCAUGCUGGCUCUGCCCCUGAUCUGCCUCCUUGUCAGUCUCAGCCAAUCCUAUGGGGAAGCACUGUGAUUGGAUCAGGCCGCCACUUCUAAUGAUGUCAGCAGACUGCUUGUUUUUCUGAGUCUAACAGCGUGCAGAGUUACAGCUUCAGGCUUGAAUACAGUAAGAUUUUUACUAUAUUUAUGGAGGCAUGAGGGGCCCGGGGAGGUGGGGGGGGGGUGGGAGGUUAGAUGGUGGUGUUAACACUAUAGGGUCAGGAAUUCAUGUUUGUGUUCCUGACCCUAUAUUGAUCCUUUAAGGUAAUGCUGACUUUGGUCUCUCUAACACUGUAACAUGUUCCCUUUCUUCUAAACUCACUAGGGACAGUCCUUAGAAAACAUUGAGCGAGCGCAUCAUUAGAUGCAUUUAUGCCAAGCUCAGGGUGCUGUCUGCAUAGUAUGCCCUUAGUUGGCCAGCUGCAUGAUUGGCAGUCAGUCUGACAUGCAUUCAUGCCAGGCUGGCCUUCUAAUUUUGUGGGCAGACAUGUCCUCUUUUUGGGCAUGUUCGCCCCUUUUGGCAGGUUACGUGAUUUGUGCCAGUGGCACACCCUUUUACCAUGCCCAUUGACUUCCUGCUUGACUGGAUACUGCUGUUAGGGGUUAUGGAUUUACUUGAAAGAUGAAAACAUAAAUUAGAGGGAGAUUAGCCUAGGGUAUGUGUUUUCUUAUAGCUGCUUCUUUCUCUCCAGCACCAUCUCCAUCAGAUACAUGACGCUUGGGAGUGUUUUACUGUUUUUGGUCGAUAUGAUUCUUUAAUUAGGCCCGUCAUAAUUGUCAGCACCAGGCCCACUGGGCAGUUAAUCUGGCCCUGCCUGGUGGUGCUUUGCAGUACUGAGCUUUUAAGCAAUGAUUUAUAGUAAGAGCCUUUUUAUGAAAUAAUACACGCUGGCUAAAAUCAGUAGGAUUAUAGUUAUUCACAAUUUUUUUUUUUGUUCAAUGUUCAGAAUAUGCAUACUCUGGGGAUAAUUUUUUUUACAUAUCUAUAGAAUUUUGCCUGUGGCCUAACAGGUUUAAAACCAAAGAAAUAUGACAUAACUAGUACUUAUCGGAAUGAGCAGUAUCCCUUGUAAGAUAUGCAUUCCUAAAUGUCUACACUGAGCAGCCACACCAUUAAAACCACUGACAGGUGAAGUUAAUAACGUUGUUAAUACAAUGGCGGCUCUCAAGGGGUGGGAUAUAUUAGGUAGCAAGUGAACAGUCAGUUCUUGAAAUUCAUGUGUUGGAAGCAGAAACAAUGGGCAAGUGAAUAAAGUAACUUUGACAAGGGCCAAAUAGUGAUGACUAGUCGACUGGGUCAGAGCAUCUCCAAAAUGGCAAGUCUUGUGUUCCCGGUAUGCAGUGGUUAGUACCCAGCAAAAGUAGUGCAAGGAAGGAAAAACAGUGAAUCGACAUCAGGGUCAUGGACAUCCAAGGCACAAUGAUGCACAUGGGGAGCGAAGGCUAGCCCGUCUGGACUGAUCACAUAGAACAGCAACGGUAGCUCAAAUUGCUGAGAAACGUAAUGCUGGCCAUGAUAGAAAGGUGUCAGAACGCACAGUGCGGACUUAAAGGAUCUGCUGCAAAUAUCUUGGUGCCAGAUACCACUGGGCACAUUCAUAGGUCUUCUGGAGUCCAUGCCUCAAUGCAUCAGAGCUGCUUUGGCAGCGGGAGACGGACCUACAUGAUAUUAGGCAAGUGGUUUUAAUGUUGUGGCUGAUUAGUGUAUAUAUAAAAAAGAAUUUCUUAGCAAUAGCUUAGAAAUACUAAUUUAUUUGGAAAAACCACAGGCAUGGAGAUUAUUACUAGAAUACUGGAAAAACUUCUAGGCGAGGCAGUCUAAUUUUUUGAAAAGAUAUUACAAGAGAAAUACAUGUCUAAAACUGUAUCAGAUAGUAAGUGGUAUAGUAAAUAAAAGUGGACAGACAUGCAUGGAGGAUGCUAUGCGUGCAAUUAACAGAUCAUGUAUUAAGAGAUCAUGUAUUAAGCACAUGGAAAUAUGCCAGGCGAAUCUCCAGCUUUAAGCUGCAUGCAUAUAUAGAAAAAAUGAAAAUAAAACGUGACCACUGGUACUGGGUGUCUCAUCAAGAACGCACUGUAACUCUGUCUCAGAAAACAAAAAUGAUAUAAGACAACAUGUCAAGAGUAACAUUUAAGUGAAAUGGCGGAUGCCAUACACAUAAGACAGGAAAUCUUAGGUGGCAGGCCUGGAUUCUGCAAAGGUCACCAUCAUCUCAUUCCCAGUACAGGGAGGCCACUGGAACCAGCAGGUCAGUAAUGUGAGGCAGUUGCAGGGUAGGUGUGAGGCAGGGCUCCAGGCUGAUGUAUAGUCCAGCAUCUCUGGGCCAUGAACUCAGGAACUUCUGGUGACCGAGUUCCUCCUGUUUAUGGAAGUGCAGGAGGGCCUGAUGGUCAGUUGCCGCUUAUGGUGUGCGGUCCUCCUCAGGUGUGGUGAUGCAUCCCAGUUUUGCUAAUGUGAGGAAGAGCAGGAGUAUACACAGAUGCUAUGUCCGACAGGGGCCCUCUCAGUCUCAGUCGCCAGCUCCCCUGAUCACCUGCCUUAGGGAGAUGUAGUGGUUCUCUUUUCUCUGGAUCCCCCUAGCGCUCAGACCAGGUUUCUUGUGUGCAGCUCUGUAGUACAAUAGUACCACUGACUUAAUCUAGAAACGAGAAGGUCGGCCGACUCUCCCCGGCUCCAUCCCCAGUAGGCCACAACAGAGAAGUCAGUUCCUCUGCAAAGUACAGUCACAAUUCAAGUGUCAGAGAGGUCACAUGGGAGCCCCCAACAUAGAUAGAGCUCUUUGGUGAGUGUAUUUGCAAUUUAACUGGGGUUGGCACUCCAAAAUAGAUUUACAGAAACUCGUGCUCAACAACACAUCUGCUCUACAUGGAAGCUAGGUUCCGCCCCCCACUUUCACUAGUACAUUUUAUCUCAUUCCAUCACCUUAAUUAUCUCUUUUCUUCAUCUAUUUAUUAACUAUUACACUAAUUUUGGGGAAAAAAAACAGAGUGCAAGAUCAAGGGACGUUGCUUUAGAUGCAAAAUGUCUUCUUUAUAUUUAUUAAGUUGUGUUUGAUGUCAACGUAAUGUAUUUUUGACCUUGCGUUCAAAAUUACGCAAUCUGUCCGUCUGUCUUGAUGCCCUUUGUACUUGUUCCUCAUUCCUAAUAAAAAUGUAUAAAAACAAGAAAUAUGUAUAUAUAAAAUAAAAACAUACUUUUUUUUUUCACUUCAAAUAUUCUAGGUCUCCUCUAAACAUGUAGGAAAAAAACCCCAAUACAUUAGGUUAUUAAUAUAAAACAGUAUAAUGACAUUUUAAAAUGUAAUAUUACAUAAUCAUAUUUUUCUCAUGUUCUAACUGAAUGCUUUGGAAUUUUUAGAGAUCUUCGAGGAAAUUCAUUUCACUGUGAUUGCAAACUGAAGUGGUUAGUAGAGUGGCUGGACAGAACCAAUGCGACGGUGGAACAAAUUUACUGUGAAAGCCCCCCCGAAUAUAAAGGGCGUAAAAUCAAUAGCCUUUCAGCCAAGGAUUUUGACUGUAUAACCACAGGUACUGCAUUUUAAAUGUUUAUUUGCAGGUAACAUAAAAUUGUGCAUUAGUUAGCGGGGAGUGGGGGAAGGGGGUUCACUAAAAUGUAGAUUACAGUAGAUUAAAAUCUGAAUGAGAAAAUGAAGUCAGAAAUAGGUGAUCUAGAACAUUUUCAUCCUAGCUAUAGUCCAUUAUUUUAACCAAUAAGAUACAGUUCAGAAAAAAAUGAAUAUAACCUUUUAUAUACUAGAUCAAGUAUAGGCAACCUUCUCCACUCCAGAUGCUGUGGACUACACCUCCAUGGUGCUUUGCAGGCAUGAGGUCUGUAAGAGCAUUGUGGGAGAUGUAGUCCACAAUGUCUGGAGUGCCAAAGGUUGCCUACUCCCGUGCUAGAUUAUAAGAAACAUUUAGCUUCUUUGAUUUAAGGCGUGAUAAAUGGCAUCUCCUAUAUUUAGGAUAUGUGUAAGAACAAAACAGCAAACCCCAGUUAUAUGUGUGUGAUAAGUGUCCUAUUAUAGAAUUACAGAUACUGGAGGGAUAUUGGUUCUUUUAGAAAAAUAUUAAACAUUAGAAACAAUAUAAAACAUAGCCCAGAGGGUGAGGCUGAAGACCUGAGGAUUUGGUCCAUUGAUACUUCUAGGCCCUGAUAAUCGAACAACAAAAUACUUACUAGAUUACUAACAGGGAGUGCCCAAAUUGAAGAGUUUCUGGAUGAUUUUGCUGGUUUCCUGUUGAGAACAUUAAAAGUGGAAAACCCUAUGAACUUUCUAUGUGUUACAGAAUUUGCAGCCUACAAGUCAUUACCCUUUCAGUCCUUGUCCGUGGAUACUUUCACCUACAUGAAUGAUGAAUAUGUAGUGAUUGCUCAACCUUUUACUGGUAAAUGUAUUUUCUUGGAAUGGGACCACGUGGAAAUGUCCUUCAGAAAUUAUGAUAACAUCACAGGUGGGUAUCUAUACAUGUUGCCACUUCUAAACAGCUUCAAAGAAACACUUCCACCCCGAUAUGAACUCAAGCUUGUUUAAGUUGUUUUGGCGGCUGGGGUGUCUAGGUUCCGUAUUACCUUCAGGGUUUAAACCAUUCUGUGAUGGUCUAACCGUGAAGUUGAGGCUCUGGUGCCCAGCACUUUUGCCUCCCGGCUUCCUUAUUCUUGGUGUUGAGUAUGAGCUGGGCGACCGGUAAUAGGCUGAAAGCAUCAGAUAAAGCUUGCAACCUUAGACUAGCCUUCCAUUGAGAGUAAUAGCACUAUAUUAUACAUUGAUAGGCUGAAAGUGUCAACCAAAGUUGAGGUCUAUAUAUUUAUGUUAGCAUUAGGUAUUAGAGUUGUUAUAUGUAUUAUUUCACAUGUAUACCAUAAUACAUUUGUAUUAUGCAGUUAUUUCAUUUUAUAGCUUGCAGGUUCUGUUUUUAGAUAACAAAUCAUUGUAAUUGUAAGUUAGUUGUGGAUAUUGGCUUGUAAAGAAUUAUGGAAACCGAAGUCUAACAACUGUUGGAAACUAAGUUUGGAAAACCCUUUUUAAAGAAGCACUAGAUUGUCACUGAAUUAAAUACCUAGAACCCAAUCUAAUUCUUAUUCUUUCUAUGCCCAUAGGAACAUCUACAGUGGUCUGCAAGCCUAUAGUGAUAGAGAAACAAUUAUAUGUUAUUGUGGCUCAAUUGUUUGGAGGUUCCCAUAUUUAUAAGAGAGAUAUUUUUGCAAACAAAUUCAUCAAGAUUCAAGACAUUGAAAUUCUUAAAAUCCGAAAACCAAAUGACAUUGAAACUUUCAGAAUUGAAGACAAUUGGUACUUUGUUGUGGCUGACAGCUCAAAAGCUGGUUUUACAACAAUCUACAAAUGGAAUGGGAAUGGAUUUUACUCUCACCAGUCGGUUCACGCGUGGUACCGUGAUACAGAUGUGGACUACCUUGAAGUAUCCAACAAACCUCAUUUGAUUCUGUCAAGCAGUUCUCAGCGCCCAAUUAUUUAUCAGUGGAACAAAAAAAAUAAUGAGUUUUUUAAACAUAUAGAAAUUCCAGACACUGAGGAUGUGUAUGCAGUCAAGCAUUUCGCUAUUAAAGAUGAUGUUUAUCUUUGUCUAACCCGAUUCAUUGGGGAUUCCAGAGUGAUCAAAUGGGAAGGUGGAUCUACAUUCCAGGAUGUACAAAGAAUGCCAUCACGGGGAUCCAUGGUGUUCCAGCCUAUCGAGAUCAACAGUCAUAAAUAUGCAAUUCUUGGGAGUGAUUACUCCUUCACUCAAGUCUUUCACUGGGAUUCCGAAAAAGGAAAAUUUGCUAAAUUUCAAGAGCUGAACAUACAGGCACCCAGGUCUUUCACUCACGUAUCCAUUGACAAACGCGAUUUCCUUUUUGCUUCAAGUUUCAAGGGAACUACGCAGAUAUACGAACAUGUAAUAAUUGACCUGAGCGCCUAGCCAUCCAUAGUUUAAUACUGAAACAAUAGACAUUAUACAAUGGACAUGAUGAACUAAAUGCAUGGUAACUCUUUCUCUAAUCAAACUUCUGGAUGACUGGCUUUGAAGGGAAUCUGUCAAUCAAGCAGUGUUCUGGAGGAUCAUGCCGAGCUUUGCUUUCCCAUGGGGUGAGCUGAGGCUUUUUAAGAUUCAUUGGAAACUAGUCCACUAAUGAAGGUAUUAUGUAUAUAAAAAGCCUUUGGCUUUCUGAGACCAAGACUUUUGGGUGAUAUUUAAGGUCGAGGCUCCAUGAUGAACAUAAAAUCAUUGUGUAAGAAGAACUGCUACAAAUGUAUACAUCUGGAGGAAUAUUGGUUUAUUAUCGAAACCAGGAAUUGUCAGGAAUGACCAUGGAAUAGCCUAUUUAAAGUCAAAUGCUGGAAUAAUAGCGGAGUUUCCAAAUGUCUUCAAUCUAGCUAUUAUGUCAUAACAUUUUCAGUUACCUGGUAAAUUUAUGGAAAUUGCCAGUUUACUGAAAAACCCUGAUAAUGUUUUUAGAUUUGGUAGCCAUUUCCCUUAUUGCUGUCACAGACAUAACCUCAUUUGUAAAUAAACAUAGGUCAGAAAUAGCAAUUGAGUUGGGACUUGUUUUUUAACUCUUCAAUUUACGUCUACAUUUUGCAAGGUAAUAUAUCAAUGAAAUAGGCCUUUGUAAUGUGAGGAGGGAUUACCAAGUGUAACCUCCAGCCUUUUCUUGUAUAUAUGUUAAUGUUUACUAGCAGUUCUUUUAACACAAAAAAGUAAUUUUUUAAUACACCACUGGAGGUAUUGGUGGAAAGACAGGUUAAUAUCGAAGCCUAGGGAUUCUACAAAAGAAGCAUUACUCGUAAGUUUAUUAGUUGUCAUGUUUAGUGUUUUCGGGAGGGUUCAAACUUUUUAAAACCUUAAUAGUUUUACUGGUCUUUGCAUUAACAGUUUGUAUAUAUUGGUGCAAUAUGCAUAUGUUCAUCUAAAGAGAGAAAUAUAAAUAUAUGUAUACUUUUUCCAUUUAUUUAUUCACCUGUUUAAAAUAAAACUGCCAAAUAAAAUGUUUA